GAGACUUCGCGGGCCGCCGAGGCAAGAGAGCGCCGAGCUGGGGCGCUGCGCUCUUCCUGUCUCCCGAUCGCCGGGAAGGGAAGGAGGGCGCUGGAGCCGGGAGCGCCCCGGGAAGAACUCCUCGGCGGAGGCGGGCUAUGGAGGGCGCAGCCUCCGUCUCCUCCGGCCGGGAGUAGCCGCGGAGCCGGCAUGGCCCUGUCCGGCUCUUCGCCGGAGCUGCGCCUGCCGCUGACUCGGAUCUCCGAGGCGGAGAUGGAGCUCUACUACCGGCUCCUGCGAGCCGCAGUCAGGGCCGAGUCCUUGGCCGCCGCCGGUAAGUCGCCGCCUCUGGCCGGGCAGCAACAGCAGCUGCAAUGCAGCGAGGGUCGGGGGCGGGUGUCCUCCCUCUGCCCGCCCCGCUUCCAUUUCUACCGGCGAUCUCCCUCUCUCCCUCUCUCCCCCCCGCCCUCGUCAAGGCACAGAAGUUACCCCGCGACGGGGAGGUGGGGGAGUUACAGAGGGGCUUCUCACGGACUCCCUCUUCCCUCCUAAAGAUGGGCUGCAUCGCUACAGCAUUCAAUCUGCUAAUAAUAACAUUUUGGGGGAUGGACGCAUGAGGGUUGCCAACUGACCUGUCUUGCGUCUUAAAGAAGGGUCGAGUUGCAAAAAUCAGCAGGUGCACCGGUGCCCUUCCCCACUCAGGCCCCUUCGCUCCAUCGAGAUAACCGUGGUUUCCUCCUGCUGUUGCAUGCAGAGCAGGUGAGGGCAACUGAGAAGUUGGCAAUGCUAUGUAUUCACUGGUGGGGCUUCUUUCUGUGCAAAUCUACAGGUGUUGGAGCCUUGGAGGGAGGAGCAGCUUCCAUUCUGAUGGAUGCAGAGUGCUGUGAACAGAAAGGGAUGUGGGACUUUAGGCCUAGCAGCCAAAUGUGGCCCCCAAGCCACUCAGACUGGCCCUGGACCACCCUUUUUAAUAGCCAUGCUCUGUGCACCUUCUUUGAGUUUUCUCUAGCUAGAAUGUGACCUUGAACUGGAACCUAGGAACACAAACUCCUCAUACUGAGUCAGAAGCAUUGGGCCAUCUAGCUCAGUAUUGCCUACACUGACGGGCAGCAGGAUUUCAGACAGGUUUUUCUCCCAGCUCUACCUGGACAUGCUGGGAAGAUGCUGCUGUUGCUGGUAGUGGUGGUGGGUAGGUGGGUGUGUAAACUAGCCUAAUCUACUAAGCAUAAUAGUAGUAGUAGUAGUAAUACAGUGGUACCUCAAGUUACAUACACUUCAGGUUACAGACACUUCAGGUUACAGACUCCACUAACCCAGAAAUAGUACCUCGGGUUAAGAACUUUGCUUCAGGAUGAGAACAGAAAUCGUGCUCCAGCGGCGCAGCAGCAGCAGGAGGCCCCAUUAGCUAAAGUGGUGCUUCAGGUUAAGAACAGUUUCAGGUUAAGAACGGACCUCCGGAACGAAUUAAGUACAUAACCAGAGGUACCACUGUAAUAAUAAUAAUAAUAAUAAGGUGUACAAAUGUAAAACUUACAUUUGUUGUCCUUCCCACUUUUUUUCUGGUUCCACCCAGCGCUGGCAAUUGGCCCUUUGAAAGUUGCCAAAAAGGGAAUGUGAUUGUUAAUGUUCUUCUCCCACCAUGACAUCUUAGCAUUUUAGGAAUUUGAAAGUCCUGAAGCAAGUAGUGUAUCCUGCUCAUUCAGUGACUACCUUUGCUGAUAGAUCAUUCUGGGAACUGGGUAGGGAUGGGUGGUCUAGGGAUGUCUUGCAUCCAAAGUGGCCCACAGCUCCCAACUCCUUCAGUAUCCCUCUUUCACUACCAGCAGAUGCAUGGAUUUGGCCCAGAGGCUGAUAGUUCCCAACUCCCUUGUCAUUCCAACGUUUGCUCUGCGGUGGCAGGGGGGGGGGGGGGCUUGCAAAAUCUCCAGCAGUCAUCACUGACUUUGGGAAUUAAGGAUGUGUGUGUUCCUGUGCAAGUGAGAAGUUUGGGGGACCCUGGGCCUUGACUAUGUGUGCAACCAUUGGUGUGCAACCUUGCUGGGGGUUCAGUCUUCAAUGCCAUCUACAUGUUCAGUUGGGAAUGACCCCCCCACCACCACCUGAAACCCUAGAGAGCCACUGACAGUGUAGAUCUGGGGUGGGCUGCUGGUCCAUAGGUCACUCUUGACCUGUCUGGGGUCCUGUUUGGCCCAUGAGGCCAUUAACUUCCCACCCACACCCAUUUGUCAAUCAGCUGACAUCAUUGGGUCACAUCAUUUGAUGGAUGGGAGGCAGGGGUUUAAUGCAGCUUGGUGCAUCUUCUCCAGUGUACAGUAUUACCUGCAGUGAGCACACUGGGGAAGCAGACCACCCACCCCAUGAAUUAACUCUGACAGGUAGGAGGGACCAUUCGCUUAUGGUGUCACCAUGAUCUCAGGUGGCUGGUCCCAUCCAGCUGCCAAAGUGGACCCACUGAUCCGCUGGGCCAGAAAGGCUCCUCAUCCCUGGUGUAGUUGUUUGGUGUACUAAUGGUCUGAGUUGGAUUGAAUGAAGCAGCUACCUGUGUACUGUACUGGGGCUGCAGCUAGGUGGUUGAGAGGGCCCAGGUUCAAUUCUCAACAUCUCCAAGUAGGGCUGGUACAUAUCCCCUUCCUGAAACUCUCUGCCAGUCACUGUUGACUGAGCUGCUAACUCCCUCCGCAGUCUACGGCUGUGAACUGAUUCAUACACGCAUGUGAGUGCGUCAUGUGAAUGUGUGAACAGACUCGUGCUGGUUACUGGGAGUUGGGGUCCCCUAACAUCUUGAGGGUCACAGGCUCCCCACCCGUCCUCUAAAGAGAGAUCUGCUUGCAGCCAUCAAAACAGUACUCUGAUCAUGGGUGGCUUUGGGGAAUCUCCCUGGGAGUCUGUAGCAAUUAACCUGAAGCAGCAACAUUGACCUUAAAAGCAGGUGAAUCAAGCUGUUGGAAAUGCUGGGGCUUGUCCUGGAGCAGGUGUGGCAGUGAGACAUGUAAACUGCUAGAGCAGGUGACUUGUCAGGCUGCAUCCUUCUCGGUGGGAGAAAGGAUGCUAUGCUGGAACUUGGGCAAUUGCGAAAGGAUGUAAUGCAAGCAGCUAUCAACAAGAACUGGGUUUUUACUCUAGCAAACAGCAGCUGAGUGAGGUUUGUCCAGAGGCUGUACAGUUCUGCUGCAGGUGCUGGCUUGCAUCGUGAAAUGCUCAUCCGCCACACAACGUUUUCCUGCAUGGAGGAGAAAAGCAACAACAGUUCACCACAGGCUUCCUUGCUUUCUAUCAUGCAAUUGUAUGAGCUCUCGAGUCUGGUGUGAUGCUGUCUGCCAGACACAGGUCUGCCACUUCAGCUGCUGUUUGUAAGAAGGAGGCUUUCGUGCAGGGAGGGGGAAUCGCCACUCCUCUGGCCCUGGGAGGAUUCCCACCAUGACCCUAUUCCUCCUCAGCUUCCUGGUGGCAGGCAUGAGGGCUUGACCUGGCUCACUGUACUAUUCAGGAGCAAAUUUAGUUGGGGUUUCCUAACCAUGAAAGUCGAGAAAUGAUGUUAUCUCUGUGUGUGUUUUGAACAUUCUGAACUAUUGUAUAAAUAUUAUUCUGUUUAUGGUAAAACUGACCUAAUUUUAGAUGUAGACAUAGUAAUAAUAACAAUUUUUCUUAUUGUGUUUUUUGCACUAUCAGGAAUGGGGAACCUUAGAUCUAGAGGACAAGUACAGUCCUCCGAGUCUCACUCUCUGGCCCUUAGAAGCCUCCUGGGGCCACACCCCUCAUCCUUCUUGCUUCAAACCCUCCCUGAGUGUUUUUGCCUGGGUGGAAUGUGUCUUUGAACUCUCAUAAUGAUAAGGCUUGCCUUUAAGAAGAAUACAGAAAUAGGUGUGCUGAGUGUUGUCAGGAGCCAAGUGGGCAGUAAAUCACACUGUGCAAGUUGGAAUUAACUCUUCAUUAGCAAAAACAUGAUCUUCACAGAUUUAUCAGAGUGCCAGGCCUAAUGAGCACAGCAGCUCAACCCUGGUUGGUUUUGUCCCAUGUAUCAGUUGCUGAGACUGAAAUCUCCCCCCUCCCCAGCUGCCUAAGUCCUCUCCUCUGCCUGGCACCACCAUUGCUGCCUUUUAGGUGUCUGCUGAAACCAAUUUUGCUUUUCUGGGCGUUUCAAUGACUAAUGCUGUCUUUGAGAGCCAGUGUGGUGUAGUGGUUAAGAGCGGUAGUCACGUAAUCUGGGGAACCGGGUUCGCGUCUCCGCUCCUCCACCUGCAGCUGCUGGGUGACCUUGGGCCAGUCACACUUCUCUGAAGUCUCUCAGCCCCACUCACCUCACAGAGUGUUUGUUGUGGGGGAGGAAGGGAAAGGAGAAUGUGAGCCGCUUUGAGACUCCUUCGGGUAGUGAUAAAGCAGGAUAUCAAAUCCAAACUCUUCUUCUUCUUUUAUUACUGCCAAUUGUGUUUUUAUAGCUGCGGAGGACUGCAUGAUUGGUCUUUUAAAAUGCCGCUUCUUGAAUAUUUUAUUUAGUUACAUUUAUCACUACAUCUGUAUUCCACCCAAUAAACAAGGCAAAGUUUUGCUUUUCGUUUGUUGUUUUUGUGUUCAAAUUACACUUUGCUGCUUUGGAAGCCUGUCUCUAUCCUAAAAAAUGUUUUUGAAAAUAAUUGUAAACACAUUUGAUUUAAUACCCUAGUAUGCAUACACUCUGUCCAGAUUUAGACUGCUCCAUAUGGAAAUAUGUGAUUUCUUGUAGUCCUACCUUUUUAAAUCCCCCCCAUCUUCCAGAUUGCCCUUCUAGAUUAUUUUGUCUCUCCACACACCCUGCCCCACUGCAAAAAAAUAUUUUAUCCAAAGCUCAUAGCUGUGCAUCCUAUUAAAAAUAGAUGCUUCAGAUGCCGUUACAGAGCUUUCAGAAUAUAGGGCAACAACGUCCCAAAAGGCUUUGGAUGCUUUCGUAAGCUGAAGAGAGUAUCUCCAGGAGAGAGAUGCAGAUUGAAAGAGCAAUACAGGACGUUUAAAACCCUACACAUGUCACACCAGCAUUAACUGGUGUGGUGGGUCCCAGCGUCCUAAUUGUUUACUGUAAUAAUUAUAAAAAGUGACAGCAGGUGUGUGUUGGGUAGAAAGAUUUGUUUUGGAUUGUAAAUGGGGAAGUAGGGAAUGCCAUUUAAUUCCAUGGUCCCUGUAUAUCUGCUUUUAUUGCGAGUGUGUUUUAGGAUCAUUUCUUCAUUUCAAAUGUUUGGAUCCUUUGGCUUCCAGGAAUAGGAUUUUAUGGUUCUCUGAAGAGUCCCCGCUGUCACCCUUAACAGCCCAAAAGGCACAAAAGGAAACAGGACUAAUAAUAAUAAUAAUAAUUUUUAUUUAUACCCCGCCCUCCCUGGCCAAAACCGGGCUCAGAGCAGCUAACAUGAAACGUAUAACACAUUAACAUAAAAUCAGGCAAUCAAUUAAAAUACAUCCUAAAAUCAGAUCAGAAUAAAAUCCAAUCAGAUGGCAACCUGCAGAUUAGGGUUGGGAACCUUAAAUGCUCACCAGGCCCAACUGUUUGUGCUGAACUUCUAUUAGCCUGUGAGAAAAAUUGGAAGGCCACUUUCAUGCAAGUUCUUAUGAAAGGGGAGAGGGAGUCAGACUGAACCCCAACCAAAGGCCUGGCGGAACAGCUCCGUAGGGCUGGGCUCUGCUGUUAAAUUAUGAGAUUCUACUUUGGCAGAAAUUACACACCCUUUCACAAAAUGGCUAUUUAAGCACCAAAGGUUGGAAGCUUUUCCAAGAUUCUUUUUUGUGCUUGUAGGAACCUACUGUGCCUUUGUCCCAAUGUUAUUAUUUUCAUGCACUGGGGAAUUUAGUGCCACUUUUACGCAGACACACACCCUUUGUGUUGCAGAAAUCCCUUCUGGGACGUUGUGUACCUUCACCCCGAAAUGAGAUCCUCUUCCUCCAAAGAACGUUUGGUCUGUGAUCAAAUCUUGCAUGAAUGACCAGGGAUUGCUUUGCAACAGCCAGCCACAAUCAUCACCAUCUUGCAAAGGAGAAAAUGACCAUCUUAGAAUCAUAGAAUUGUGGAGUUAGAAAGGGCCACAAGGGUCAUCUAGACCAACCCCCUGCAAUGCAGCAAUCUUUUCCCCAACCCGGGACUUGAACCCACGACUUUUAUAAUUAAGAGGCUUGAGCAACUGAGACAUCAUCUUGGAUGGCCUUCUGUCAGGAGUUCUUUUGCUCCCUCCAUUGCAGGGGGUUGGACGAAAUGAUCCUCAGGGUCUCUUCCAACUCCACAGUUUUAUGAUUCGUCACUUCAGGGCUCUCUUGCCAGGAUUUGAAAGGAGGACUUUCCUGGCUCGUGUUUAGUUUAUUUCCUACACCACUUUGCUCCAGCUAGAAAAGGCCCUUGUUAGAGGGAACAGUCUCCUCUGCUUGUGCCUGGAUGUGGCUCAGCUGCCCUCAGCUGAGUCUUGGUGUCACUUUACUCCCUGGCUCUUAUCCUUUCCAUCUUUUUGUGCUUCUGCUUUUUCCGUUUGUGCUUCUGCAUUGUUAGGAGUGUGCUCACAUUUCUGCUUCAUAUUUACCGUGCCUUGGCAUGACGAAAUGGAAACAUCCCCAUGAACAGAGGAGAAAACCCAUUGGAAAGGUAGAUAAGAUAAGGGAUGACUACUCUGUGUUAACGGCACCAUGACUAUCCAGAUGUGCAAACAAGGGAGCGAGAUGGAUUUCCCCCUUAACAGUGAAGUGCUGCUUCUAAUCCACUGUAAUUUAGGCUGCAUUCACAAAGCAGUUUAUUCAAUUUCCCUGACAUUUCCCUGAUUGUUAACUUCUGCAUUAUGUUUGAGCUUUCACAUGAUGUAGAAGACAGAAAACUAUUGGAACAUAGUGCAUGUUUAGUGAUCAUUUCCAUGUAAGUGACAAAUUUGGGGUGGUAUACUGGCAUACAAUACUUUCCUGUUGUUUUCGUGGGGAAUCACGGGGGCUUUGCCUUUAAAUGAGAACUGAAUCGAAUUUCUCAUAUCCCUGGUUGUGAGAAAACAUGAUUUGUGACAUUGCACAAUGCAUUUAAUGAUCAACGGGGUACCUCUGUUGAGGCAUCAGCUUCAUCCUCCAAUUCCCUGGCUUUGUGGAGCCUCUCCCCCUCCCUGUCACAUAGGGAUGUCUUGUAACCCCUCCAGUUCUUCCAUGGCUUCUUUCCUCCCAUUCCACAAGUGGCAUCAAUUUUAUUCUUUCCAACCAAAGAGGUAGCUAAUCUCGGCCAAUAAUGGAAAUCCAGUUUGACUUGCUUUAAUUAAGAGCCUUCCUCCUUCAGGCUGGAAAGCCAUUAGAGGAUUAGAGGAAAUUUGGGACAUAUAAUUACAGAUCUUAUUUUGCAGCCCAAAGCCACUACUGCAAGGGAGCUUUAGUGGUAGAUACACCCAACUGUUUUCGGAUUGGCCGUGCUAUUUUAAAACAGAAAAUGCGUUAAUGCACGUAAAGAUUCUGGUCUGUUGCAACAUAUACAGAGUUGGACCAUUGGUCCACCUAUCUCAGUAUUGUCCUUACAGACCGGCAGCAGCUCGCCAGGGCUUCAGAGCAGGGACAGUUGUAGGGCAACCUGGAGAUGUUGGAGAUUGAACCUGGGAACUUCUGCUUGAAAGGCAUUUGCUCUGGUCUGCAGGCUUUCCCCUAAAAUAGGAGCAGGAAGCUGUGAUACUGCCCAUCUUGCUCUAUCACUCACUGGUGGCAGCCCCCCAAUACCUCUCAAAAAAGAUGUUGCAGAGCUGGAAAAGGUUCACAAAAGAACAGCCCCAACCAGCAUGGUCAGUAGUUGGGUAUGCUGAGAAUUGCAGAAAGAUUCAGAUGCCAGUGUAGUCGACUUCCAUACAUAUAUUUGGGGUGUGGCUGGGGAAAGACCAUCUUGCCUUCCGCUGGCCCUGGCAAUGAAGCCUGGGGAAGACGUUAAAGUACGGCAUGCUCAGUUUCCUUCCCACGCACGGUAAAUCUUCACAAGAACCUUGAAAGGUACGUUGGCCAGAGGCAACUGAUCUGAGGUUAUCCAGUGAGAUUUCUAGGGAUUUGGGCUGCCUGGGUCUAAGCUCAAAUUUCUAGUCAUUGGGCUGUGUUCACAAAACAUUCGCAAGGGCCAUGUGGAAAUGAAGCCACUGCAGACAGCAGUCCCAAGCUCCUUUCUUGUUAACAUGGGUGGAAACAUACUUUCCUGGGCACAUGAAAGAAUCCGCAAACCAGCUCUUUCUCCCAUUUCUGGGUUUCCUUGGUAGCUCUCUGGCCCUUUGACAAUGCCCUCGCCUGUUCCUUUUUUAUAAAUCACAAUUGGGAUUGUGUUCCACAAAGAGCAGUUGAUUGGUAUCGAGAAGAGUAAUGAGUUUUUUAGGCGGCUAGACAGGUGUGUAGUAUACCUGCUGUUUGCAAAUGGUGUGGGCAGUUCUGGUGAGGGGCAGGGAAGAUAAAUAACAGGCCUCACUGAAUCAGCCCUCCUUAAAAGGGCAUUAAUUACUGCACAUGCUGUAUCUGUGACUCAAGAACAUCACCUACUCUGUAACCUUUUGCUGACCCUGUUCUUUCCCCGGUCUUGUUGUUUAUAAAACCCAGGCUCAAAGUUUUAGCCCUCUGAAAGGAUUUGUUGUGGGCUGCUUGCCUGCCUGCCUGCAGGUAGCUGUUUGCAGAACACUGACGGUCCGAAAGGAAGGAGGGCAAAAAUCGUACCUCCUGGCCCUGCCUUGACUCAUCUAGAUGUUUUUCAAGCUGUGAACACAUCUAGAUGUGUACAGUACAUAAGUUAUGUGAACGAUCUGGGAUCCUGCAAAAUGCAGGGUUGUUGAUGGUGCAGAGUUGCCUCAGCUCUGUUCACAGGUUGAAUGAACUCGAGGUUGUGUAGAUGGACCUACUCUGGAGUGACUUACAGAUGUCAGCGAUGAGACAGUUCCUUCCUUCAGGCUGACAAUCCAAAACAAUACACAACACAAAAGGAAAAUGGAUUGGGAGGGAGAAAUGCAAACUCAGACACGCUUCCUUAAUUACAGAGUUCUUGGAAUGGCCAGCUGGAAUGGGGGAGAUAUCACAGAGAGGAUGAUAUCCUUUUCCAUCAGGAGUCCUUUUCUAUCAGGAGAUGCUAGUGUUUGAGCCUUGGACCGUCUGCAUCCAAAGCAGGUACUCUGCCAAUGAGCUAUGACUCUCCCACACGGAGGAUAUAGGAAGGGAAGAGCAGGCAUUCGAGUCGAUGGGUGAUGGAGAUGCAGGAAGGAGAAGCCUGGAGAAAGUGGGAUAUAGAUGUGACAGGUUCAAGCUACGCAAUGAUUAAGCCAUGCAUUUCAUGUUCCUUUUUUCGCCAGAGUCAUCUCUUCCAACACGUGCAAAGGACAUUGCUGAGGACUUGAAGAAAGAAUUUGCAUUUCUUUCCGGUGAGUAUGGCAAACUCUUCUUUGUGUCCCAAACAUUUUUUUAAAGUGUGAUAUAAAUAGACAAAAUUAAAGUAAACCCCACCCCACAUUGUUGGGACCAGUUUGAGACUGAACAAGGGCUCUGCUGGGACCAGGGCUGGACAGUGCAGUUUGAGACGGAAGUGAAAUGCAAGUCCACAGCAGUUAGCAUAAUAAAUAAGGGCUCCAUUUAGGUUAGUUUCAUGGUCACAUAGUAGUGUAGUUGGACCCCUUCAUGAUAGUCACAGCCAUGCCCCCUUCAAAAAGUAUUCAAUAAUCUUAUCAAUAUAUGGUAAUAAUAAUUAGAGAUGCAAUUCAACAACCAGUGCGGAUCUGCAUUUGUUGCCCUUCAGCUAGAGCUGUGCACGUACACGGGCAAAUGAUUAGGAGUGCUCCAGUGUCUUAUUUCAAAGUGACUUGAGUUCUGUUUUCCUUGAAGUCCCAUUGCACAUAAGCCCCUUGCAUUCUCAGUGUUCCUAAACACUUAGCUUUGGAGCAUGCAGAACAACUCCUCCUGGUCGUUCUCCCCAUGUUCUUUCUCCAGAAGGGCCCUUGGAGACAGUUCUCAGGGGCUGACUCAUCUCUUUCAUUCCAGAUGAGCUCCAAGUAGCACCCAGGGUGAGAAGACUCCUUCUUUGUGGUGAAAAGGUCUUCUUGCAUGCUGAUUGGGCAGCUUUAAGUUGCUGGAGACAGUGAACCUGCUGCAGAAAUAGUAAUGGUUCUUUGACUGUGACCCUGCCUCCCCCAGCAGGCACAUGUGUUGAAUGGCUUAGCAGCUGGUUUAGGAUGUCUGCUUAUUCCCACCCACCCCUCUCUUCCAAACUAGGUGGAAGAGGGAAAGACAACGGCUGGAUCAUAACAUUUCCUGAAAAUUCCAAUUUCAACCAAAUGCCUGAAGAGGUUGUGACAAAAGUUUUGAGCUACUUAACUCGGAUUCCAAGGUACCCAUAUUUCACUCUAGUGGGUGCUGCGCUGUCACAUCAGCUUGAUAUUGUUAUAGAUUUAAGGGUGGGGGGACUCCCCUAAACCCUAUAAAUUACCAAAUGCUAGUAUUUUGAUUAUUUGGGACAUGAAGUGAGAAUGCAAGCUGCAGAAGAAUUCCUGUGGCUGAGCUAUGUUCCUCAAGGAACAAUACAGAUCAAUUGAGGAACAUUAACAAUGGGACCGGGGUGGUACUGUGGUCUAAACCACUGACCCUUGGGCUUGCCGAUCAGAAGGUCGGCGGUUCGAAUCCCCACGACGGGGUGAGCUCCUGUUGCUCGGUCCCAGCUCCUGCCAACCUAGCAGUUCGAAAGCAUGCCAAAAAGUGCAAGUAGAUUAAUAGGUAAACGGCAUUUCCAUGUGCUGCUCUGGUGUCGCUGUUCUGUUACGCCAGAAGCGGCUUAGUCAUGCUGGCCACAUGACCCGGAAAAACUGUCUGCGGAGUGGACAAACGUCUGCUCCCUCGGCCAGUAAAGCAAGAUGAGCGCCACAACCCCAGAGUUGUUUGUGACUGGACUUAACUGUCAGGGGUCCCUUUACCUUUUAACAAUACAAGAGAGGGCCUUCCCCCUUGCCCUGAGGUGUGAACAGAGACUGGGGAUUUGGAAGGUUGCCAGGGUGACUGUUCUGGGAGCAAGGAGGAGGAAGAGGAGCUGAGAUCAAUCCUGGGCAGGUUGCAUUCACUGCUGUGGGGGUACCAGCCCCUCUUGAAAGGGCCAGGCUGUAAGAUCUGGACUCCCUCCAUGCAGACUGAAGGUGCAAAUAGGUGAAUAAACAAACCAUAUUUCUUAAAGCCACGGCAUUUCUCCACCAUGUCUUCCUUAGGCUGAGAGACAGAGGCUGGCUUAGCCUACCUCACAAGGUUGUUGCAAGGAUGAAAGGUAUAUAUUCGUGGAGGGGGCAUGCAGACUACUGUGGCGCACUGGAGAAUCAGCAUAAUAAAAAAGCAGAUAGUUGCCUGUUGCUUACUUUGACAAACUAUGUCAGCACCAGAAUCAUAAACAGCAGUGUUGCUGCAUCAGUAAUCAAGAUAGAAAACUUGCAGCUUUUUUUCUGGGGGGGGGGGCACGGCAUAGCUAUGUAUUAGGAGCAUGUUUUGCAAAUACAAUUCCCAGCAUCUCCAGUUGGAAAAAAAAAAUCUGGUGGAAAGUAAUAACUGAGCUAUGUUCCCUGAGGUUUAGAAACUUGGCAAAGGGCAGGCGCCUGUUUAAAAAUGAAACAGAGAUUCUGUGCAUCCUUCCCUUAAAUGUGUGCUAGAUUUAAAAACAGCAAUGCAUAUGCACAAUCCUGGAGGUCCAAAAAACAGCAUAUAUAUCAUGUUCACUAGUUUCAUUUGCAAAUGAAUUUGUUGUUUGUUGCAAAUGUUUGUUCUGGAACCUAAUAAUUAAACACUUGUUGGUUUAAUUCACCUGUGUCAACCUUCAACACUGUGCUGCCAGGAAGUAAGGAGAACUGGGGAAAGGAAAAGAAAAAACGUUAACUGUGAUCAAGUUACUAAUAAAACAAAUCAGUCUACCUUGAUACCUGCCCAGCAGGUUGGGUUGUAUAUUCAGUGCAGUAGUGAGGUGCUCAGAACUUUGUUUUACGGGCAGGAGGCUCACUUUUGGACUUAAUGGUUUUAUGUCUCUCUAGAGGGCAAUGUGUAUUUCUUCCCUUACUUGACCUGAGUCUCCUGUUUCAAUGGGAUUGUUUUAGCACAUAUUUUAAUUGCAGAUGUUUUCUAUUUCUUUUUUUUUAAUUAAUGGGAUUCCCCCACCCACCCCUUUUGUAUCUUAGUGGUUGACGUUUAUAUUUGAAUGUUUGUGUAAUUGGUUAUUUAUCCUUAGGUUGCCUACCCAUGCUUAGAAGCUUAUUGCAGCAUUAAGUGGUAUAUAAAUUAAUAGACAGUAAUACUUGCGGUCAGUCUGGCAUUUUACCACACUUGGGGAUCCUCCUGCUCAGUGGUGCCCUGGAUGUUUGCCCAAAAAAUCCUAACUUGAUGGCACCACUCUUUGUUGGAGAGUUUAAGUGCCAUUUGCCUCUAUGUGGUCAGUAAAUGAAUCCAGCAUUAACUGCUCUGAGUUUGAUGGUAUCUGCAAGUUCAUUGCUGAAGUCAGAGAAUGAAUAUUGGGCCUUGGCCAAGGGAUCAAGAACAUGCAUGGCACCUGCUAAGUCUCUGAAUGCCCCUCCGCUCAUUGCUCCUGUGGUCAUGAGGUGGCAAGGGUGGUUAACUUCCCCCUACUCUCCCUUUAAAGGGUCAUAGAGUUGAAGGAGGAAGUGGGGAAGAGUGGCACUCUUUGCCACUUCCUCUUUCAACUCUUGGUGCUUUUCAAGGCUCAGAUGAAUUCUUUUGGAUCUGAAUCUAGGUCCCUUGAGAAAUUGAAGUCUAUGUGUGCAUGUGCCCAACCCUUCUCUCUUUCAGUUUCUCAGAGGGUAGGCUGAUCCAGGGCAAGGGGCUGGUGCCCACUGUUAAAAAAUCUUAAUGUACCCCUUGACUUGAAAAAGCUGGCAACUCCUGGUCUAGAUGUGCCAUUUAUUAACUCAAUCACUAUACAUUUUGGUAAACUGAUGUGGAAUUUAGUAAAAUGGCAGUCAAAAAGGACUCCCACAAGUCGACGGUGAUGGUAACUAUGCCUAGAUGCGCCGAAAAAAGGAUAGUAGACAAACUCAUGGUUGCCACAAUAGUUAAAUGGACCUUAUGUUCAGAAGCACUGCACCCCCAAGUAUUGUGCACUGGGAGCAACAAACAGAGGAAGGGAUCUUGCUUUAAUGAGACAAACAUCCGUUUUUGAGAAGCAAAACAGUAUUAGCAAAGUCAUGUAAAUAACGCAGGUGGAGACAGAAGAUAUCCUUGUAACCCUUUACCAAGGAAAAUGAGCAAAACAGUGUGCAAUUUGAGGAUAAAUAAAUGAGAAAAAUGUGCAUAAUUUGAAGAGAGGUUUUUAUCUAUUUUACUUCAAGGCCUUGUAUAUAGCAGGGAGACAUUCAGCAAAAUUAGCUGGUGUGGGGAAGCGAGGAAGACUCUCAGAACUGCACAGCCAAUCAGAGCAUGUGGCAUCUUAGCAAACAUCAUGCCACUCUGCCCAGUUGCUAAGCAGCAUCUCUGCCUGCCCCCACCCUUGGCUAGCAGAAUUAUCCUUUAAGCAGGGAGUUCUGAAGAGCGAGUACUUCCACACUAUAGGAUCAAUUUCAUAUGAAGGUGGAGCAAGUAUCAUGUGGCACCAGUUCCACAGAUCAAAGCAGCCAAGGGGGCAUAUACAAUGGUACCUCGGGUUACAUACACUUCAGGUUACAGACUCCGCUAACCCAGAAAUAGUACCUUGGGUUAAGAACUCUGCUUCAGGAUGAGAACAGAAAUCACGUGGUGGCAGCGCGGCGGCAGCGGGAGGCCCCAUUAGCUAAAAUGGUGCUUCAGGUUAAGCACAGUUUCAGGUUAAGAACGGACCUCCAGAACAAACUGAGUUCUUAACCUGAGGUACCACUGUAUGGGGGGAAAGGUGAUCUUGCAAAUAAACUAGCCCUAAGCUGUUAAGGGCUUUAUAGACUAAUCUUAUUUUUGUUAUUUAGGUAUUUAGUUAUUGCAUUUAUAGCCCACUUUUCCUUCAAGGAGCUGAAGGAGGCAUGCAUGCUUCUCCCCCCUCCUCAUUUAAUCCCCACAACAACCCUGUGAGGUAGGUUUGGCUGAGAAGCAGUGACUGGCCCAAGGUCACCCAGUGAGCUUCAUGGCUGAGCAGGGAUUUGAACCCUGUUCUGGCAGGUGCUAGUAUGACACUGUAAGCCAGGGGUCAGCAAACUUUUUCAGCAGGGGGCCGGUCCACUGUCCCUCAGACCUUGUGGGGGGCCGGACUAUAUUUUUUGGGGGGGAAUGAAUGAAUUCUUAUGCCCCACAAAUAACCCAGAGAUGCAUUUUAAAUAAAAGGACACAUUCUAUUCAUGUAAAAACACGCUGAUUCCUAGACCGUCCGCGGGCCGGAUUUAGAAGUUGAUUGGGCCGGAUCCGGCCCCCGGGCCUUAGGUUGCCUACCCAUGCUCUAAGUGAUGCACCACAGUGAGGUUGGCCUGGGAGCACACAGGCAAUAUUUAAGGUGCUGCCCAGCAGAGGUGCCACAUCCUGGCAGGGUCUCAUUCCUGCCAGCAAUCAUUUCCUCAGAAUUCUGCGCUAGCUGCAGCUUCCAGGUCAAGCGCAAAGGGAAGCACCACCUAAUAAUACAAAGUAAUAAUGUUAAUGCAGCAGCAGCACAUCUUGGCCAUUUUCAGAAGGGAAGUUGAGCAGAGCAUACUCUUGGUUACAGUGGUUGAACUGCCAGUGGAACAGCUGAGCUCGAUUUGAACUCUGUGCCCACUUCGUCUCUUUUCCUGCAGCUUCAGAUAUAUAAUUCUUCCCACCCACUGAGCCCAGCCACUUCCUGGAAUUCCUGCAAGAUACAAAAAUUGCAGUCUAUUCCCACCUGUCCAAAAACCAUGAGGGUUUUUUUUGGGGGGGGGGGGGGAGUUUCAUCCAGAGGUGUGUUGCCACCAAUCUCGUGUGUGAACUGAAGGUUGCCGUUUCCAAAGAUGAAAGUGCAACCCAGCUUCUUGUACUGGCGAACGAGUCAUUGCAGAGUUGCUCCACCUUAUUAAGCUCCACUUUAGGGGUGUUCCCAGUAUUGCUUAGAGAGGGAACGCCCUAGCAGAUAGCAGUCCACCACCCACCACACCCUAGACAGCAAGGGUGGCAGCACCAUGAAAUCCAUGGGAGCAACCAGUGAGAGAUUUGCAGAGCAGAAAUUUGCCUAACCAGGAUCACAGUGGCCUGUUUCUCUGGGUGUGUGUGUUUUUACUUCCUUUCAGCUGGCUGGGUGCUGAUUGAUACAGGAAUAAUCUAUAGAGGCUAGGGAUGGGGAAAGAAUUCCUUUGACUUGUUUUGCGCAAUGGACCAACCUGCUCUGACAUUCCCAGACUCGCUAGCUGAUCGGAAUGCAACUCCCACUUGGAUUGCACCCUUUUCCGGAUUUUGCAGUGUAUCUGAGAUGCCUAAAAGUGUGCACAAAAUCUACUGUUUUAUCUACUGUUUCAUAAAAUUUAUAUACCACUGGAAAGGAAGGGAUUUACUCUUAAGCUUAUCCUCAAUAUCCAACUUUCCUCUCCCUCUUAAUAACAUUUUUGUAUGUGGUUUCUUUUUCCAUUUAUGCACGCAUUGUUCUAAUAUUUGCAUUCUUGUCCACAUUAUUUUUGUGUGUGUUGUUGUUUAGAGAAGCAUGUGUUUCAAUUCAGUACAGGUUUAGUAUGAAUUUGGUAGGUUCUCUUUAAAAUGCAAACUGUACUGAAUCUCACCCUGCUGCAAGUCUUGCAGCAUCAGAUUCUGGUAAGCCAUUGCUAGGGUGUGUGCCCUCCUUUGUUUGUCCGCCCUUUCCCCCCCCCCACCCCGCCCUGCCCCACCCUACUCUUUCAGUGGCUUUGAUCCUAGAAAACAAAAUAAUUAUGGAAUGAAUUGACCAAAAUCUUGCAACGUGCCUUGGAGUUUGCAGCCUGAUCUCCAGGCAAUGUUAUUUGCCAAGUGUAUUCUGCCAUGCAAACCUCUCAUUAACAGUGUGAUGAGUAGAUUCAGAGCGGGUUCCCCUAAAUUAUAGUCUUGAAGAGCAUGAAUUAGUAAUUGAGUCAGGCAAGGUUAGGGCACGUGCAAUUAGGUUUUUGCAUGCGGUUCUGUGGUUUUGCCGGGAGAACAAAGGCUUGUGCAACAGAGAAAGAAGAAUCCACCUUAUUCCAGAUAAAUAGCACGUGCUCCAAGUAUCCCCAUCUACCAUCAGUUUCAGUUCUCUGGUCCCUGUCUCUGGUAAACCAGUUUAUCCUUUGUGCCCUUAGUUUUUGUUUUUGUUUUGCUUUUGCUGCUUCUUUAAAUAUUGUCAGCUGCAAUAUUUUUCUUGCAUUUAUAUGCCACCUUUCCCCCCCACAAGGAGCUCAAUACAUGGUUCUCCUUCUACUUUCAUCCCCACAACGACCCUGUGAGGUAGGUUAGGCUAAGUGAUGGUGACUGGCCCAAGGUCACCCAGUGAGCCUCAUGGCCGAGAGAGGAUUUGAACCCGGGUCUCCCAGGUCAUAAUCCAGCACUCUAACCAUUACACCACACUGAGGCUCAUGCCAGUCCCCUCUCUUGGGCUUAGGGGUGGGGAGGAAAUUCAGUUCAGUUUGUAUUUAAAGGCAAAUGUGCCUAAUUUGCACUUUCUGAAACAAUAUGUGAACCAAGGCACAGCCACCCCCCCCUUUUAAAAUAAAAUCAAAAUGUGCUGAAUUUUGUAAUUAUUUGUUGAAUUUUUUUUUUUUUACUAAACUUAUAUCCUGCCCUUUCUGUCAAAAGAGCCUUGGGCAGCAGACAGAUGUAAAAACAAAAGCAUUAUAAUGUAAUUAAAGCAAUCUAAGAACAAUUACAGUUAAAAGCAUCUAAAAGCUGUUUCAUUUUAAACCACAUUAGCAGUUAAAAACACUGUUCCAUCCAAUGAUGUUUGGGUUGCAAGGGACAGGAUUCUUCAGCCACUUAGGUGAACAGGAAUGCUUUCAAAUUCCUCCUGAAAGUUAAUCAUGAUGGUGACAGGUGCACUUCACUAGUGAAGGCAUUCCACAACCAGGGAGCCACUCCUGUAAAGGCUGUGUUACGGUUCUGCACCAGUGGGGCAGCCCUCAGUGGCAGCACUGCAAAAAGGCCUCCCUAGCCAAUUGUAGGGUCCAGGAUAGUUGGAACUGGGGAAGGUGCUGCUUUAGGUACAGUACCUGGCUCCCAGUCAAGUAACGUGUACAUAAAAUGCAUAUAUUAUGGGGAGUUUCUGAUUUGCAAAAAUAUGUGUUUCGGGUGCAAAGCUGAAUACAAAAAUGUGUAUAUUAUGGGAAGUUCAAACUGCAAUGCCAGUGACUUUUCAUGAGGAUUUUAAAAACAACAUUUGCAACCUGAAUUGGAUAUGUGGAGAACUGAAUUUAAGAACUGGAAAAAUGAGACACUUGGUUUGUCAUAUUUGCCCAUCCAUAUUCCUGGUGGACCUGGGUGGUGUGUGACUGUAGAAACCUUCAGCUGACAUGCCCUGCCAGUGUGACUUUUCGAGGGUGAGCUUUUAACCCACAAUAGGAAUGGAUGUUUGUGUAUUGAAAGCUAUUUUUUAAAAAAAAGAAUGUAGAAAGGUCCUGGAUUUAGAUCCAGGAAGUCCAGUUGUGAACUUUUGGUGUGGAUGUGAAUGGCACAGCUCUGUUCCCUGCUUCUUCUUUAUUUAAUUUUUUUAUGUUCCAGCCAACGUGAAUUGGACGCCAAAUUUAUCCUAAUCCUGGACAGAAGGUUGGAUACAUGGACGUCGGUCAAAAUGACUCUGCAAAGAAUAGCAGUAAGUUCUUCUGUGGUGGGCUGGGCACAAGGGGAGUGUCAUUAUCUGCCCAAGGACCAUAAUUCCUUUGUGGGUAACCUUCCAGGGGACAAAUGCCAGUGGUGGGAGGAGCCAGAAAUGGGCAGGGCUAGAGGCAGAAUUGGGUGGAGCAAUGGCUGUGACUCUUACCAGGAGAGCAGGCUGCAUUUCGGCCAGGCAGAAGCCAGAGGUUUCUGCACACACAAACACACACGCUGUGUCUCUCUCUCACACACACACUUCCCAAGACACCCUCCGUUCAGGUAAAGAUGUAGCGUUACCACAUUUCUAUUGCACAUUCCAGCUAGGCAAAAUCAUUGGAGGAUGAUGCUAAAGAGGGUAUGACCUGGGGACAGUUCUGAGGACUGGUUCCCCAAUUCCAGAGGUGUUGGGCAGGGGAAGGGGAGUUGGGGGGCUGACCACCAUUGGGGGAAAAGGCCUAGGUGUUUGGUCUUGUUCUAGCCCUAGUGAGCUCUACCAGAAGGUGACAUAUCCACUGAGUUCUUUGGUCUGGUGGUGAUAGUGCUGAAUGCCAGAUCAGUCCAUAAUAAAAACAUGCUCAUUCAUAAUUUGAGUGGGCUGAUCUGGCUUGGGUGAGUGAGCUGGGUGGGUAUUUUCAGUGCUGCAGCAAUCUAGACUAGGGAGUCAAGGCAAGGGGGUUGGUUGUUGCCCAUACAGACAUGAUUUCCUUAACCAGGGAGGUUCUUGACCUUGGGAUGGGAUUAGAAGGUCAGCACUUGAGGCUGGGCCAGAGAGUUGGGGAUGCCCCUCAACCCCUUCUCUUCCUGCCUUACCAGAUUUAGCAGAAGGUGGUUGACCAUUUGGGCCCAGAGUGUGGUUAAUGCUUUGCUGCAUGAAGGGGUGGUCUUUGCUGCACCGAAAGAGGCCGUGAUGUGACUGUUCCUUAAGAAACCAGCUCUCAACCCUUUGUAUUUGAACAGCUAGUUGCCAAUACCCCUUUUGGGGGAAGGUGGUGGAAAGGGCCAUGGUGGGGCAGCUGCAGGAAUUCUUGGAGGACACGAUUUAUAUAGAUCUAUUCUAGGUUCAGGCCUGGCCAUGAAACUGUGUCUCCCUUGGUUGUCCUGCUGGGUGACCUGUUGGGAAACUACGUGCAGCUACUCACACAAAAUCAAUUAAGGUUUGGCAGACAGCCAAAAGAUCAUCUGAAGGAGUAAGUCUGCCUGGUGAUACAGAAGGCAUGGAGACAACUCCAUGACUGGUCAAGCUCUCUCAAUGGAGUGAUAAUUAAUGGCCUACUAACUGGAAUGUGUUAGUUCAGAGUUCAGUGUGUCAGAGUAGGAGUUGUGAGUCUUGUAUGAGAGAGCUAGCUAAAGAUCCGUGUUCUGGUCCUGUAAAUAGUCCACUGUAUAUAAUAAACACCUAACUACAAGUUCCUGGUUCCUGCUUCGUCCAUCCUGUCUGCAGUCAAGUUGCCAAUUGCUUCCGUGGACUGCGUAUACUCUGCUAGGUCUGGCUAAGGUCCUGCAACUAGUCAGAAAAUUGUGAAACACCAAUAGGUUUUGCCAAUAUGACCUUUGCAGAAAAUAGGGCAGGGGGAGUGUGACCUUGAUCUCUCUUCAGCACUUGAUACCAUUGGCCAUGGUAUCCUCCUGGACCAUUUCUGGGAAAUGAGAACUGGGCGGUGUGUUUGGGGGGUCCUGGGCUGCCCAGAUGACAAGACUCACCUUUUUAGAAAGGCUUUGGAAGUAAACCUCAAGGAAAAUUCCAUACCCGCUGCCUGUCAGGGCGGGUGUCACGAGUAAGUCAGCAAUAACUCACACAGUAGCGAGUGAAGUUAACUCUUUAUUCAAAUAAGAGAAGUUCGGGGAAAUUAAAAACAACACCAGCAAUUUAUAAGUUGUAUGAGCUUGUUUCUCAGUUUGAUUCUUUUACGUGCUUUUGCAUGUUUUGUAGUAUUUUAUGCAUUGUGAUUUGCUGUGGUUUUUAUUUAUUAUCGUCUAGUAAUUCUUUAUUGUAACUGAUAAGUGUUAUUAUUUGUGGAUAUUUAAUUUUAUUGUUUACUAUUAUAUUCUAAUGGAUUAUUGAAAAUUGCUUUAUUUGAUAUAAGUUGUUUGUUUUAAAGUUAUUGUGGCUUUCUUUUAUUGGAUCAGAUUGUUAUUAUGUAUGUGAUCUUUGCGGUCUAUUUUGUUGUUUCUUCAGCUUGUAAACCGCCCCGUGCAUAGUAAUAUAGAAAGGCAGUAUUACAAACUAAAAGUGAAAUGAAAAAUGAAAAUAAGCAAAAGAGCCCAGGAGGCCAGACCUAGUGAGCAAAGCAACUCAUCCUGGUAGUUCUUACCCCAAUGAGACUGAAGCUCCCUGCUUUCCCACAGUUCUCUCAGUCUCCUCCCCUGUUUCCUUCCCAAGCAAUCUGGGACUCCUUCGUCUUACCUUUCUUUGAUCCACCCUCUUCACACCUCUUUGGAUUCUGAAAGACCAGAAGAGAGGGGAGCUGGUCACCGCAGGAUGGGGAGACACCCAGGCUUCCUCACCAGCCUGCCUCAUCUCUGCCACUUGGCCCUUGCCUCUGCUUCUCUGAUUAUGGACUGCUGUCUGCCACAGACUCUUCCUGCUCACUAAACCCUGUUAUCUCUUCAGCUUGUGACACCUCUUCACAAUCUGCUCCUCCUUUUCCUUCUGACUACGCAUCACCAUCCCACCGCCAAUCCCUCUGAGCCUUCUUCCCUUAGGGGUUCCCCAGCUGGUGCCUCCCACUACCCCUCUGCAACCAGCCAGUCCAUGACGCUGCCUUGCAGGAUAUCUUUGGGGGAAGAAAAGGUUCAGGAGUAAACCCUAUGCAAAUCCAUAGUGCAGUCCCCCUCUUUCUGGCAACUCCUGCAGCCAAGCUGGUGCCAAAUGUAUUGCUCUGCUUUCCUUUGGACCACAUCAGCAAGGCUGAGAGGGGAGUCUUGUUGUCUGGGCAGCCCAGGACCUCCAUACUCACUGCCCAGUCUAGUGCCCUGGAGAGGUCACCCAUCUCUGCAGCCGCAACCAUCUCAAGACGGAUGGACGCCAACAACAGCAGCAUCUGACAAUGGAUUGUGUAACAUAGCCAUUGUGGCCAUUGAUAGCCUUUUUCUCCAUUAUUUUGACUGCCCCCCCCUUUAAAGGUGUCUAGGUUGCUGCCCUUCUCUGCAUCUUGUGGCAGCAAGUUCCAUAGUUUAAACUAACACACUAUAGCUAUUGAUAGAACAUAGGUAAAGGUAAAGGGGCCCCUGACCAUUAGGUCCAGUCGUGGCCGACUCUGGGGUUGCGGCGCUCAUCUUGCUUUACUGGCCAAGGGAGCCGGUGUACAGCUUCCGGGUCAUGUGGCCAGCAUGAAUAAGCCGCUUCCGGCGAACCAGAGCAGCGCACGGAAACGCCGUUUACCUUCCCUCCAGAGCAGUACCUAUUUAUCUACUUGCACUUUGACGUGCUUUUGAACUGCUAGGUUGGCAGGAGCAGGGACCGAGAAACGGGAGCUCAGCCCGUCACGUGGAUUCGAACCGCCGACCUUCCAAUCGGCAAGGCCUAGGCUCUGUGGUUUAACCCACAGUGCCACCCGCUUCCCCUUGAUAGAACAUAAGUUGUAGUUAUUGACAGAACUUUUGAAGAGUUCUGCUGCAUCAGGCCAAAGGAGAAUCUUGUCUAGCAUCCUGUUCUCACAGUGGCCACGCGGAUACUCCUUAUAGGAAGCCUGCAAGCAGAAUGUGAGCACAGUAGCGCUCCUCCCCUACUUGUAAUUCCCAGAACCUGGGAUCCAGAGGCAUGGCACAUCUGGCAGUAGAGGGAUAGCAUAGCCAUCCUGGCUACUAGCCUAAAACACCUCGGGGGCAUGUGAUCUGCUCUCUUCACCAGGGCACAUCCGUGGCAGCCAGCAGCAAAAAUGGAGACCAUAUCAAAGUUACCAAAUGGUCCCUUUAUCCCUAUUCCUUUCCCUCUCUGUCUCUGUAUUAGUUGUCCAGGAGCUAUCAGCCAUCAAAGCAUUAUUUGUUUCUCAUCUGCGGGAAAUCUUUGAGGGAGGGGGGAAAACACAAGAAAGGAUGCUCAUUAGAGUCUUAACAUUGCUCCGGAGUGUGUUGCUGCUGUGAGCUAUAAAUGGCAAUAUAUACGUCUUCAAACUCCUGCAUUCCACCUUAAAAAUCUAUAGCUGUUCUUGGCCACUGAGUCUCUCCUCGCACUCCCUCCCCACCUUUCUUGCCGGCUAGCACAGCCAACAGCCAUUCAUAGUUUUGGCACCCUUGCCUGCUCUGCUUUAGCCAGAGGAGAGGACCAGGUCAUCUGCCAGUCAGUUUUGCGUUUGGGAAUGAAUAGAUUAUGGGAACAUGUAUCAACGCCGCCCGUGCAACUGACAUGAGUGAGGAGGCUGCUCUGUGUGUUCUGUGCAGCGAUGCCUUGGCACGAAGAGAAGCAGCAGUGCAGGCGGCCGGCUACCCCCGGCGAUUUUUAAACACCUCACGAGAUCCACGGGUCUUAUUUCACUGAUGCCGCAUUGACAUUUGGGCAAGGUAGCCAGUUCCUGUCUUGCAAGGGAGAUGGCCGAGGCGAAUCCCCCAGGAGGCAAGAUGAGGGGAAGAAGGAAUGCGGUAAGGACUCUGUCUGCCUGCAGUCUUUCUCCUUUUUUUUUUGCAAAGCAGAUUUCUAAGUUCAAAUGCAGCCUUGAUGCAGCACUAGCAUCCAGCCUAGCUAGCAGUGCAGCAUUCUAGGACAAACUGCUGAACACAGCGCUUGGAAAAUGAAGGUGGGGGGGCAAGGGAAAGGAUGAUGUUUGGGCAGUAUUUACUGCGUUUUCCGUAACUGUCCAAAACACCUGUCCACACUGACGAAGCAAGGUUGGCACCAGUUUUAAACAGAGCUCCUAAGUCUGGGUGUCUCUGUCUGAGAGAUGUGGGGGACUUCAGAAUCCCUUUAUUGCAUCAUACAUAUGCAUCAUGCAUAUAUAUAUUCCUCGGUGUUUGAAGGCAGAAAGAGGAAAUCAGGAAGAAAUAUUUCAUUCUUUGUGGAGCCUCCUGUAGGGCCUGUAAAGAAAUAGGCCAUGCUUUUUGAAAUUAGCUACUCCUAGAAUGCCAGCCUUGAACACUUUCCCUUCUGUCAGGGACAGCCCUGAUCUUUUACCUGCACUUAAUAAAACCAUUGUUUCUAAUUUUUUGGCAUUUUUGCAGAGGGAGGGGGAAACUCCUUUGAACUCUUCUGUUAGCCAGUACAGAUGCAUGUUCUUCUGGCUCUCUAAAACUUAUGCUGGCCAGUUCUACCACACAUGCAUGAAAUGCGUUUGUGCAUGGAUGCAAAGUGCUAGCAUAGUGUACUCUUUCAUCCCCCCUCCACCUCCAAAAAUGAAACAAUACUGCCUAUCUGUAGGGCAAAUGUUGCUCAGCUAUUCUGCAAAUUCAGUCAAUUCCAUCAUAUAAGUGAAAAACUUCUACAAUAUGUUUUGGGGCUUGUUUGUACUUUAAAGAAAGAGAGAGAGAGAACUAUGAUGGUCAGUUUAUUGACAUGUCACUACUUUAGAUUAGCCAGUGCCAGACAAGACACUUGCAGAGGUGGAUUUAGGGGAGUGCAACCAGUUCAGUCAAACUGGGUGAAGAGUCUUGGGGGCACUGCAGGAGGUGCCACAACUUUGAUGUAGAAUGGAAGGCGAGAAGUAGGAGGGAGGCACCAAAUUUUGCCAUUGCACAGGACGCGGCUGACAUUUGAAGGGUCUGCUACUGACCCUUGCAGACUAAAUCAACAUUCAGCAAGCAUAGGGGGAGCUUUGGUGAUGUGUAGUGUGCCAAGUGGCAUGGGGAAUACUUGGGAUGAGAAUAGAGGUUUUGCAAGCCCCCACCCCCAUCUUAACCUUUGAAAUUUUGGAGAAUUUGAAGAUGUCCUUGCUGCACAACCGUACCUAGCCUUCUAGAAUGUUGAGGGAUAGCCUUGACACCUUGAUUUCUUUAGCUCUGUUAGGCUCUGGUUUUUGCACAUGCGGAAAAGUUAACUUCUGCAAUGGCCAGGACUUUGAGCCAUGGCUGCGAAGCCUGUGGCCUCCCAUAUGUUGUUAGACUCCAACUCCCGUCAGCUUCGCCCUAGUGCAGUCAAUGGUCAGGGAUGACUGGGAGCUAGAAUCCCAGCAAUUUCUGGAGAGUCGCCCUUUCCUCAGCCCUGUCCAAAGGGGAGACAAGCCACGACUUCUUGAGUCAUCAAUCAAUUUCCACGUAAAACUGCUUCAGCUUUUCAGUUUGGCACCUUAAAAGACUUUACAGGAUUUAUUAAGGCAUGCGCUUUCGUGGAGUCCAAGCAGACUUUUCCAGAUGGGUGAAGACGCAACUGAUGAAGUGGGCUUGACCCCACGAAAGCUUACACCACAAUUAAUUCUGUUAAGUCUUUUAAGGAGCCAGAAGGGUCUUGUUUGGUUUUGCUCCAAGAAAAGCUACCCACCUGGAAGAGUUUGCAGGUUGUGCUUCUGGUCAAUCUCAGUGGGAUUGGCUGACUCCUACUGCUUUUUAGGAAGGAAAAUCAGAGUCUGCCAUAGGCUACAGGGACAAUUUGUUAUGUAAGGGUGAUGUGGUGCCAGGCUGACUCUGUUUUCUCCUUCCUGCAGGGAUGCUCUAAGCUAGAGGUUGGGAACUUGUGGCACUCCAGAUGUUGCUGGAUGUUGUUUCAACUCCCACCACCCCUGCCUGUGCUAUCUGGGACUAAUGGGAGUUGUAGUUCAACUUACCCAUGGAGGACUGCAAGGCCUCCACCCCUGCUCGGUUCUAGUCUGAAUUGGAAGCCAUAGAAUUCCCUAUUCUGGCAGUAGAACUUGCAAAUGAGACAACCUCAACCUACCCUGAGCCAGUCCCAAACUACCUGGUCUCUUACUUACAACCAGAGGCAUACCUAGGCUCCCUUGCACUUGCUGAGGCACCUCACCUGGCUGCCCAAAGCAGCGGAGGAAUGGCCUGCAGUGGAUGGGCGAGCUCCUAGCCACUCCAGAGUGGAGAGGCACAAUUUUUGCACCCCCAGGCCUGUGCCCUUGUUCAGCCGCUAGGCACACCUCUGCUUAAAACUGCUAUUCAGCUUCCGCCUGUUUAGCUUCAGUGUUGCCCUUGCAGAACUCAGCAGGGAAGAGGAUGGAGACUAAACUAGAAUGAGUUGUCCCUGUCUGUCACUGGCUCUGCCUUCACUUAGGCUGUUUUCAGACAGCCCCCUUUGUUCCAUUUCCCUGACAUUUCCUUACCUGAUAAUUACUGCAUUCUAGGAGAUUUUCCAUGUGAUAUAACAUCCACUUCUGAAAAUGUAGCAGGUGUUUAGUGCUUGUUUCCAUGCUAAUUGCUUCCAGGAAAAAAAAAUCUGUUUUCAACCACAUUAACCUGGAAAAUUGUGGGAAUUUUUGCACCACAGUUUUCCCACUGUUUUCAUAGGUCAUGCCAUGUGAUGAAGUUUGGGCUGGUGUUCCAGCGCAGAGUUCUUCCUUGCCAUUUUCAUGGAGGGAGGACAGAAGCACCACCCACUGGGUGGUGGCAACAUAGCUGGUGAUAUCUGCUGUUGCAUCACACCACGCACACUGAUGUGCAUGAAAUAUAGCACGGUAAAUGGCAGUAUAUCAAUCAAAAAGUCACAAUGCAACAGAUAGUGUGGUGUAAAAGGAAUAUUGGGAGAUGGAGCAGAAGGAAUACCAAUGCAAUAAUCCCUGAGUCUGAACGCAGACUUGCUGCUGGGCUCCUUGCUUUCUGCCCUACAAUGACCAAUAUUUCUUCUUGUCCUCUCCAGUCUUGUAAAAAUGCAGGAAGAGCCCUGUUGGAUUGCACCAAAGACCUAGUAUCUAGUCCACCUCCAGACAUUGCCAAACAGAUGCCUUAGGCAAUAGGCUUCUCUUGUUGGUGCCCCUGUUAUCAGGUAGACUGCUGCUGAACAAGGAGUUUCUCUUUAGCUGCCACAGGUUCUUUUAAUGUAAUUAAAUUUAUAUACUGCUUGACUGAAAUAAAACCUCUAAGCAGUAUACCAGAAAUAUUAAAAUUAUCAGUUAGAACCCCCCAGUUGGAAACAAAUAAUUAAACUAAACUAAAACUAAAAAGAGAUUGAAAUGCAUGUAAGUUUUUGCACGUCUGGGUAGAUUUACCAGGUGUUUUAAGCAGGUGCUGCAAGGAGUGCAGUGAAGGCACCUGCUUAUGUCAAUAGGCAGGGAGUUCCAAAGUUUAGGUGCUGCCCACAAAGUGAUUAGUUUCUUGUAAUUAUGGAAUGAGAAUUAUGCGACCCCUUCAAUGGUGCCAGUUCUGCAGGUCGAAGUGGGCAUAUCUCACAAGUAAAUUAGUUAAUACCAUUGGUAGAUCUCUUCUUCACCCAUGGAUUUGACUUAUCCCCACAUUUUUAAGGCCCCUUCUUGUGUCCCUGAAUUCUCUAUGUUGGUUAUCUCAGGCUAAAUAGAGCCCCCAUGCUCAGAUGCAGUAUACCUUUGAGUACCAGGCUCUGGGGACAAAAAGCAAGGGUGGGUUGUUGCCUCCAUGCCCUGCUUGUGGGCUUCUCAGAGCCGUCUGGUUGGCCACUGUGGGCAACAGGUAGACCUUUUGAGUUGUCCCUUUCAGUAAGGCUGUUUGUAGGUUCAGUUCCACAGGAGGCCUGCCGAUAAAAUAAUUUUGCUGGCUGGUCUCUGAGAAUGCUGCAAACAGAAUUGGUUUAAGAGCCAACAUUUUGUUUGGGACUACUUUUAAAAAUAAAAAAGUAGGUUUGUGUUAAUAUUAAAGUGUUUUUGUUCCAGUUUAAAAUGCUAGAGGACAAAAGCUGACCAGGUGCAUAACUUUCUCUCGUUGGUUUAAAAAGGGAUUUAGAAGCAGCCAACUUUAUCUGCAUUGCCAAAUGUGUCUUCAUCAAUGUUAGAAUCAGCCUCUUUUCCAUUUUACCAGAUCCUCUUUUUGGGGGGAGGGGAUUCCAGAGCAGAGCCCCCCCCCUUGGUGAUUCCCUCCCCCCAGCUGGGAGGUGGUAGUUCUUUAGAACAUGGUUGAAGAUUUCACAUAUGUAUUAUCUGAAAGGGAUGGGUGAGGGAUAGCUAAAUGUAGUUAUUUAUUUAUUUCAUAAAAUUUAUAUGGGGGGGGGGACAUAUAUAUAUAUAUAUAUAUGGAAAAAAGCCUCAAAAUGGUUUACAAAAGAUAAAACAGUAAAAUCAAGAAAAAAUUGCAACCUUGCUUUAAAACAUAUAAAAGUUAAAAUACUAAAACAGAUUAAAAUCACCUGAACUUUUGCAGCAUCUGGGUAGGCUUGCCUAAAUAGGAGGCUCUGAAGAGAAUACCAUGAAGGCCCCUGCUUGAUCUCAAUAGGCAGGGAGUUCCAAAGUUGUAGGCGUUGCCACACUGAACGAUCAAGUUUGUACAAAUGCAGCGCUUAUCAUACAUCAUACUCAUUGCUGGAGGUUAGCCGUGCUUGAGCUCAAACCCUCCUCAUAGUCAAAGGCUGUAGAAAAAGGCAGGAUUGCAUUAAAAAAGUCCCCAGGAGAGCCAUUGUGGGGGAUGGCACGGGGAUCUGAAUGAAACAGAUUUGCUUAUGUAAGGUUAGGAGAAAAGGUUUUAAAAAAGAAGGAGCUCACCAUUCCGCCCCCUCUCUCGCUCUCAUUGUUCAGGAGCAGAUUUAAGGUAGUAAGGAUAUAAUUUGAUGAGGAGGACGUACUUGUAAGGAAGGGCUAUAUUUCUUUUUGACAAUUCAGUGAGGGCCAAGUCUCAUUAGGGCUGUUCAUUUAGAAAUGGUGAGCCAGGAAAGAGUGAUGCAAGCCAACUGCUAACAAAUAAACUGAAUAUCUUAAAGUCUGAAAGGAAUCACUUGCAGAAAAGGCUGCUGCGUGAGUCACUGCUGUUGUUCUCCCUGGAACGGUGGGUGGGUGAUACUUUCCCACCUCUCUGCAUCAAGUGUGAUUUAGCAUUCUGUCACUCUGGCCACUGAGGUACAGCCCGAGCCCAUUAUUCCAUGGCAUGCCCAGAACAGGGACUCACACAGAAACUCACUGAGUGGACUCUUGUGAGUUUGGAUAAUUCUUGGUUUUCCAGACUCUGCAAGAUAAUAAGCUUACGAUUGGCAGUGGCGGUCAUGUGGGUGAGCGAUUGUCGGCAACCCCCCCACAAAAAAAGCUCUACAACUUUGGCCAACCCCCCCCCAAAAAAAAGCUCAACAAGUCUGGUCAAUCCUCCCCAAAAACUUAAUAACUCUGGGCAAUCUUCCCCCAUUUCCCUAAUUUCGAGUCUUAUACAUGGGGGCGUGUUAUACACAGAAAACUACGGUAAUACUGGCGAAGGAAAGAGGAGAGAAGGUGCAAAGUCCAGCAAGCACCAAACCAUCUUUGCAUGCAUGAGAAUAGCAAACUAUUUACUAUCCCGUCUAUUUCCUAUGUUCAGACAAUGGGGCCAGUUCCAUUAUCAAUAGCUCCACUCAAUUCACAAGAAGGUUGGGGUGACCAUAAGCCUGAUGCAAACUGAACAUGCUCAGUGGACCUGGAAUGCUGCCAGACUCUUGUGAGUUGUGGAGUGCCUGGAAUCUUGAGCAGAAGCUCUUCUGUGCUGCAACAUUUUGCAGCAGAUCCCAUGUAUGCAUCCUGAAGAAUGAGAUUGGUGGGGCAGGGCCCUGUUUGCCCUAAUGGACUAGCCUUCACUACACAGCUUACCUAGGAGUAAGUCCCGUUGAACUCAGUGGGAUUUUUUUCCUGAGUAAAUAUGCUUAUGAGUUCCAGUGGAAAUGGGUGGUGGUGGCAUUCUGUUUGGGGGCUCAUUGAAUUUGGAGGAAACUAUCCUGUGGUCCACACUCACAUACAUUGCAUUACCAGUGGGCAUUGCGUUCAAUGAGCACAAAGUCUUUGCUGGGUUUGAUUUCUGCUGGGUUUGAUCUAUGCAAGCUACUGAGCAGUUUGCCCUUGCUUCAAGAGCCAGUUCUUGGUCCCUGGAAGUCUUCCUGCUGGCUUCAUUCAGGCCAGAGUUUUGGCAAUCAGUUUGCAUUCAUUUAUUAUUUUAAGCUUAUCUUAAAAAUAGCUCUUGGGAACAUGUUGCAUUUGGGCCACACGUCUCAUUGCGUGGAAUAGUAUAUUCCAAUGCAGUAUGUGUAAUGCAAUAUUGUACAGGUUGAAUCUGUAUGCAUUUUUUUAAGUUGCAGACACCAGGAAUCCAUUACUGUAAUAAUUUUGUUAACAAUAUGGCAGGAUAAUUUAUUGGUGACAUUGCUUACCCUGGUUCUUACACACCUCCAGGUGGCAAGUUUAUGGACCCCUUCUGUGUUCAUAAGAGAUAACCACAGGCUCCUGGAAAGAAAGGGUGGGAUAAAUAAGUCGUAUACAACAAUUUACAGGAUGUGAUUGAUAUUCUUGCAACGAAUCUUUGGAGAACUGUUCCCUAACUUCCACGACUAUUUGAGGAUGUUUGUUCUCUUCCUCUCUCCUGCUGUGACUGCUGAGGGCCAUGUUUGAUAUCAAAUUUCCCUCCUCAUACCUGAAAGCGGUUUAAAAAACGGCUGCUGAAGGGCAUUGUUAACACUGCAAGGAUCAGGUGCCAAAAAAUUUGGCAUGUCUCUAUUUCAAGGGGCUAUUGAUUAUUCCAUAUUGGACGGAAUAAGACUGGAACUAGGUGGCUAUGGGAUGCACGUAGAGUCUGCUGCAAACACCAGCCUGUGUCUUCUCCUUGGGUUUUCCCUGAGAGCAACUAGCAUCAACAAGACACGCGGAACAGUAUCACACUGCUGCAAAUGUCUCAAUCCCUCGCAAAUGUCUAGAGAAGGGAAAUUCCUGUGGCGAAUAGUUUUAAUGGACGCGUGUCUCAUUCCUACAUGGAAGUACUCUCAUACCAACUGUGCUGGCUACUGCUGGUUAGCUUACAGGGGAUAAUUCAACUUGCUGGUUCUUAUCUGUUCCAAAAACUUAAAUGACUUGGGAUCAGUAGGGCCGGCUCUAUCAUUAGGCAGAACAAGACUGCUGCCUGAGGCUGCAGAUGCUGGAAGAAGGCAGCAGUAGCGGAAAACAUCCUGGUUCUUCCUGCUGAACUCGCUCAGCCUCUGUUUGACAACAAUGGUGUGUUCCAGGGGUUAAACCUGGGACCUUCUGCAUGCAAAGCAGAUGUCCCACCAAGAUAUGGCACUUCUAACAACAACAACAAAGUAGUAUUCUGUUCCUCACGGUUCUGAAUAAAGAGCACAGGAAACUGCCUUAAACUGAGUUGAAACCAUUGGUGCAUUCAGGUCAGUAUUGUCUCUGCUGACUGUAAGUGUCUAUCAAGAGUUUCAGGCAGGGGACCUGCCCAGCCCGACCUAGAGAUGCCAGGGAUUUCACCUGGGACAUUCUGCACGCAAAGCAGAUGCUCUGCUCCUAAGCCACUGCUCUUGCUUAAUGGCCCCUCACAAGAAAGGAUGGGAGCAUCCUUUCUACUCCCUUAAAAAAUAAUUUUUGAAUAUGGUUUUGUGUCGUUUGCUCACUUUCCAUGCUCCCUCCAGAAACAUCUCCUGGUAUGGAAAGGCAGGGUGUGGUGUAAUGGUUAGAGUGCUGGACUAUGACUUGGGAGACCCCCACUCAGCCAAUGAAGCUCAUUGGGUGACCUUGGGUCAGUCACCUCAGCCUAACCUACCUCACAGACUUGUUGUGAGGAUGGAAAGGGGAGCAGGAGAACCACCUUGGGCUCCUUAAUAAGCACAAACACAAAACAGUAUCAAAGUUUGCAGCCAUAUUGCUGGAAAAACAGGGGGUUAACGUCGUUGCUGAUUUUCUAAACUGACUUUCCUCUCGAUAGUGGAGAACUCUCUGUAUGUAAUACUGGCUCUCUGGUUUCUCCCCCCACAGGCCUCAUUUCCCGGCAACUUGCACCUAGUGAUGGUCCUGCGCCCCACCGGAUUCUUCCAGCGCACUUUCACCGACAUUGGAUUUCGGUUUAGCCAAGAGGACUUCCUGCUCAAACUGCCGGUAUCACACCUGCUGCCACAGCAUCACCCCUGUCUUUUGUACUCUGCAGUUUUACCUGCAGGGAAUUUUCCUUCCCUGUUGUUGUUCAGCUGCAAUGCAUUUGUUUAAAAUGACAGUGAAUACAAAUGACAAUCACACACACAAGUACAAAACACCAACCUUGAGCAUUUUAUGGGCUUUAGAAGAUGAUGCUAAAAAUGGAGGUGAAGUGUUAAAUUCAUUCAUAUUUAAAAGCUCUGGCAGGCGUUUAUCUGGCAAAGGGGUGGGGCCCCCAACUCGCAUCAGCCCCUGGAAGCCUGUCCAAUGAUUAGGGAGGAUGGGAGUUGUAGUUCAACAAUAUCUGGAGGGCUGCAGGCUCCUGCACCCCUGAAUUAUAGCUUUAAAGUUGGGAUACGUCUAGAGCUCAGAGUUUUUCUGAGUGAGAAUGCUCUGAACAGUACGUUCUUUCUCUACCACACAUUUGGGUCCCAUAUUGCAGAUUGCUUCCCCAAAGAGAGUGUGGCGAGCCUGCCUGCCUGCCUGACUUGUAUGGCUCUGUCAUUGAGCUCUGCCUCUUCUAAAGGAGAGAAACCUUGGACUUUGGCUUGCAAUGCAUGCAUUCUACCUUGAGCCAGAGUCGGCUUUGGGAAGAAGGAAGGAGGAGGGUGCAAACUGAAACAUAGCCAACCUUCGAACUUUGCAGUUCUCCAAAUUUGGAAAUGUAGUUUUCCAGCCAAGUGUUGUAUACAAAAAUGCAUCUACGAAGGCAAAAUGCACAUAAAAAUGCCUGUGUUCAUGAAAGCAAAAUACAACACGUGUAACGUUAGGGUAAAUUGCUUUGGAAAGGUAUGUGCAUAAGGCGCCGUUGCAUACAAAUGUGUACAUACUUUUGCUUUUUAAAAGUUGCAAACUACUGAGGAAAUCCGGAGAGCUGAACUUAAGAGUAGAAAAAUGAGAAAUGAAGAUGGGCAGAUCCACCCAUCUCUAGUCCCUGUUUAAAGGCAUCUGAGUAGUAGGUUGACUAGGUUGCCAUCAUGAAGGUUGAUGGCAACCUUGGGGAAGGUUCCACAGUUUAACCACACACUGUGUCACAAAGUACUUCCUUUGGUCUGCCCUGAAUUUCCAACCUUUCAGCUUCAUUGGGUGACCCUGGGCUCUGGAAUCUUUGGUUUUAGGGCUGGGGUUGGCUAAUUGCAAGGCUGAUUAAAUGGAUACAUGUGCUGGUAUAUUCAGUUAAAUGACUCCUGCAGAAUCAGGUAUCUAACCUGUGAAUAUUAAGCUACAGGUCUAUUUCCCCCUUUUCUCUUCCCCCAGGUUGUAAUGCUGAGUUCGGUCAGUGACUUGCUGACAUACAUCGAUGAAAAGCAGUUAACACCUGAAUUUGGGGGCACCUUGGAGUAUUGCCAUAGCGAAUGGGUCAUCUUCAGAACAGUAUGUUCCUCCCAUUAAUGCUGUUGUAAAUGUGUGUGUAAUAUCUUCUUAUAUACAUAAAAAUGUCAGGUGUCAUCAUGCUCUGCGUUUCACAUGCCACAUCAACUGUGGUGUGAGGAACAGCAGGCACACCCAGGAGAGUGGCUACGCAUGCCUGCAGCAAGGUUUAACAGAGCGGGGAGGCCCUUCACACAGUGGUUUAGCAAGUAAAAGUGUGAAAUGCCUCCCCCCUUUAAAAGGGGGUGGAGCUUGAGGAGAGAGGAGUGGGUGUUAGGGCAAUGGGCUUGGUGCAAGCUGUGAGGAAUAGGGAGCAGAGGUAAAGAUUCAAGGGAGGGGAUUUGGUCAUGGAGGGGGAGGCAAAGGGGUAUACAGCAUUGGCAAGUGCAGAGAGUAGGUGCCGCAGGCUUUAGCAUAUAUGCAAAAUUAUAACAUACCUUGGGUAAUUCUGGACCAUGCAAUGGGAAGUUCAUGAAGUUACCAUCCAGGACUCCAGCUCCCACCAGCCUCAGCAAGGGCACUAGUCAGAGAUGAUGGGAGCUGGAGUCUACUAAUAUCUGGAGUGCAGCAUGUUGGCUACCCAUGUAGCUUGGCUACUCUGGCUGCCAGCAGCUUCUCAGGGUCCUGAAGAGAGAAGGGACUUCCCAUCAUUAGCUACAGUACUAGAUCCCUUUUAACUGGAGAUCCCUGGGAUGUAACCUGGAGUGUUCUGCAUGCAAAGUAAAUUGCUCUGCCAUAGAGCUAUGGUGAACCUCAGUCCUUCCAACAACAGCUGAACUAAGUUGUAGGUGUAUGUAGGUCCCACUCUAUGAACAUUCGCUAUGUGAAAAUUCGCAUAUCCAAACACAGUACCUGAACUUUGCUAUACACACUGCUGAUUCAGAUAUCAGAACAGAGAGCAUUUUUUACUUCCUUGUUUGCCUUUCGCUGGUUGGCUGAGGGAGGGAGAGUGAUCAGACAAACCAGAGAUAAACUUUUCUGGGUUCUCCUGUGGUUUCCUGAGGAUUUCUUUGGCUUUUGGGUGGGGUCAAAGUUCCUUGGUCAGGAACACAUUAGAAUUUACCCUCUAGCAAUCAGUGGAAUUGCUCACCAAAUGAACGAUUUCCAGAGAACACAUUGUGUUCAGUUAGCAGAACAUGCUGGUGUACAAAGCUCAUCAUCUCACCAUUUAUAUACCCAACCAAUCACUUCACUUUGCAGGAGAGGGCCUUCUCCUGCAGUACCAUAUCACCAGGAGGUGCAUGUUGUGUGGAAAUCACACCUUUAGUGUGGCAGCACCUGCCAUUUGGAAGCCUCCUGGUCUGAAAGUCAUCAUUAUGCCUUUGUACCUACGGAACACCUUGGUUUUCUAAACAUCCUUUAAAGUGCAGAUUUGUUUUUAUCCCAGUCUAUACCUGUAUUGGACUUGAAUUUGUUCUGUAUUGGACCUGAAUAUGUUUUUAUUGCCGAUGCUUUUUUGUUGUCCAUUGCAAAUCCAUCAGGGGAAGCGAUUCCUAAAUGAAAAUAAGCAACUAUAUAAAUAAAUACCUCACUGCUGCUUUUAUCAAGCUUAAGCAACAAGCGGCAUGCCAAGCUGAUUAACAGAAAACUUUCUCCCCCAGGCCAUAGAAAGCUUUGCACUAACAGUGAAGGAAAUUGCCCAGAUGUUGCAAUCCUUUGGCAUGGAGCUGGCAGAAACAGAGCUCCCAGAUGAUGCCUACUCAAUUGAACGCAUCCUGGCACUGCGCACAGAGAAAUACUAUCAGCUGAAGGCAAGUUGCAUCUGAAACUACCUGAUCCUGUGAAAAACUUUGGUCACCUCCAGACUCGAUAACUGUUUUGCAGGAAGGGUUCAAUCCCAUACUGGAGAUUUAGGCUUGCACAAUUAGAGUAAAGCACUGGUGCGGGGGGUGGGAAGAAAUUCUAGACUUUUUUUGGGGUGGGACUCAAUCGCGCACUAGCAUAAGGAUCUAGGAAGAGCCUGCUGGAUCAGGCCAAUGGCCCAUCUAGUCCAGCAUCCUGUUCUCACAGUGGCCAACCAGAUGCCCCCAAGAGAAACCGGAAAGCAGGACCUGAGCAUAAGAGCACUCUUCCCUCCCCUGGUUUCCAGCGACUGGUAUUCAGAACCAUUACUGCCUCUGACCAUAGACCAAAUUCAGAUUACAUUUAGAUGUGAAGGGGUUCUGCAACAAACCUAGUUCCCUAGCAGGUGUUGGGCGGGGGGAGCAUCAUAUAAUCUCCACACGAGCAACUAUUCAAUAAACAGGUUGGGAUGUCAGGGAGGAAAUGACAUUUCACUGUCCUGCUUUCCUUUCCUUGCUUUUGCCCCUGUGCUAUGGUAUAUUAUUGUCCUGGAAUCACUAUUUGCUAGCUAAAGGCUGCCAUGUUUGAUGGGUGGAGGAAGGAAAUCCAGUCCAUUCAUCAAAGCAAUUCUUCAGCGCAAUUAUUUUACUCCUCAAACUGAUGUACAUCUAUAUUAUUAAUCCUGCCAUUUCGAAGUGAUUGGUCGUGAUUUCUUAAACUAGGUGUCUCGGCCCUAGCUGUCAUUGCUUGCUUCUUAUUUCUACAACUUCAGAAAGGCACAUGGUACAUACAAAGUUUCAUAAGCAAAUAUUGCAUUAACUUCUGUCCCCUUAGACCUUACACUCUGACUACGAGCAAGGAAAUGCUAGAAUUACAGAGGAGGAAAUAGUGUUGCCUGUUCUGACUCUGAACUCUGUAUAGAGAUCUUGCCUCAACUAUAGCAUCUCUGACCAGGGACUCAGGGGAGGGGGGAAUCGAUUCAGUUCUCAUUGGAAGGUGAAACUACCUAAUUUGCAGUUUCCAAGACAAAACACAACCUUCAAAAUCCACAGUUCUCUGGAUUUUGCAUUGUGGUUCCCCAACCAAGUAAUAUAGACCAAAAUGCACAUGUCAGAGUAAAGUAUACAUAUAAUUGUAUGUAUAAAACAGCAAACAAAAAAUGUGUUAUAUUAGGGAAAACAGCUUAACAAAAAUGUGUGUAUUUGUCCAAACUGCAUACAAAAAUGUGAUUAUUAUUAUUGCACUAAAACUUGGACAGAUUUUCAGUUUGCUGCAGAAAUGUGAAGAACUGAAUUUAAAAUUGGGAAAAUGAGAAACCGAGAGAAAGUGACAGAUUCAGCCAUCCCUGUCCCUGACAGAUGGCCAUUCCAGCUUGUGGCUUCAGUACCUCCAAUGAAGGAGAGUCCACCAUCUCUCUCAAAGGAGUAUUUUCUAAGGUCAAAUGGCUCAUACCAUUGGGAAGGUUUUCCUAAUGUUGAGUCUCUUACUACGGGUAUUGCUAGACCUGCAUCAUAUCCUGCAGUUGUGGUAUGUUUCAGGUACACAACAGAGCAGCCAUGAUGGAUCAAAAUGGAUGGUGCGGCACCAUGUUUGUGUCUCUUCCAUAGAAGCUGCUUGGACCUUUGUGCACAUAUCUGCUUCCUUUCAUAAGGCUGAUGGAGAGCUUGGCAUUAUGUGUGGCGUGCCUGUAAAAGCAGCCAUGAUACCCAAACCAAAGUGAGAGCAAACCAGCUCUAGAAGUGUGCCUAAGUUUGCUGUGGGGGGGGGGGGCUGCUUAUACAGCAGGCAGGGUCCCAGUUGCUCAUUUCUCCCACUUCCAGGCAGAUUAUGGCUAUUUGUCAUCUACGAUUUUUGUGGGUCCACUCACACAAACAGUAAAAUUGAUGGGGAAAUACAAUGGAAGAGUCCAGCCCCCUGGUCCUGUUGCUGAUCAAUAUAAAACACAUAAUCAGCUUUUAUUAGGUGGUUCUGGUUCUCAAUAUUUCUAGUUAUGCCCUCUAGAACAACAGAGGUCAAAUCUGCUCCAUCUUCUGCAUGACAGCCUCACCAUAUAUUUGAAAACCAUGUCUUCCCUUAGUCUUCUCUUCUGCAAGCUAAAUAUACCCAGGGACAGGUAGGGCAAGGGGCUGAUUUGAGCAGGUGCAUUUGCAGAUGUGGUGUAGAUUUGAUUCCAGCUGAGGGUUGGGUUCAGAGGGCUCCUUUUGGAAUUGUGGUCCUUGACACCUCAUUGAGUUGGAAACGGAAGACCACCAUGGUGGUUCUGGUGACAUAUUAAUCAGCAGUGCUUAUUAUACAUGCUGCAGGAAGAUAUUACGGCAGUGACCAAAGAAGGAAACAUGCUGCUGUGUAGUUUAGAGGAACCUGACAUGGAUGAACCUGACAAAGAGGAACCACAGGAGAGAUCUGGUGACUGGGAGACUGUCAACCGGUGAGCAUGUUGAGCAUCAUGCACAUUUUAAAAGCUGUUGACUAGGAUCACUGUCUUGCCCAUUGAAAGCAUAGAAACAUAAGAUAAACCCUGUUGGAUCAUGCCAAUGACCCAUCUUGUCCAGCAUCCUAUUCUCACAGUGGCCAAGCAGAUGCCUGUUGGGAACCCAUAAGAAGGACCAGAGUAUAAGAGCACUCUCUGCUCCUGAGGUUUCCUGCAAAACAAUGCAUAGGAGAACUUAAGGAUAAAGGCUAUCAAUGACUGCUAGUCACAAUGGCUGGGUACUAUGUUCCAAGCCCUACCUGGAGAUGCUGGGAAUUGAACCUAGAACCUUCUGCAUGUGGAAGCCCUACCACCAAGCAAUAGGUCUUUCCCCCCAAAAUACGAACAGGAAAUUAUCUUUAAACAGUCCAUCUAGCUUAGUGUUGUCUGUGGUGGUUGGAAGAUGCUCUUCCAUUCCUGUUGGGGAAGAAAGCAGCCGUGUGCCUGGGGUCAGGUAGGUACUCUGUUAGAGUGCAUUCCCACCCACCCCCCAGCAAUGGCAAAAGUUAUGGGGGGCAAGCAGGCAAGCCACCACUUUGGAUACAACCUCCUCUUCUCUGUGUGCAAUGGAAACAUCCUUACCUGUCUUGCACCUGUGCCACCUCUGAAUGGGACAGCCUUCUUUUACCUUGGACAAGCUACAAUUUGUUCCCUGGUGAAAGGAGGUUGCAACAACACCUAAGGGUUGUUUUCGGGGAGUGGGGGCUUGGCAAAGUACCUUGGUGGAUUCUGGAGUUUCCAGUCCUCAGCAGUCCAAAUAGGCAUUGGGUGGCUGGAGUCCAUUUAAAUUUCUGACGAUGCCACAUCAGGGACAUCGUGUGAAAUCUAAAAGGUGCCUGCUUUUCCCUUUUUCUUUUUAAGGGGUUGAGCUCUUUGUAAAAAUGUCUUUUUUUAAUGGCUUGGGACCACUUGGUGGAAAUGCAGUUGAGGUUUUUUUAAUUGUUUUUAUUAAUGAUUUUCUUGGGUUACAUAGUACUUUUUUUUUAAUGGAUAACUAAAUCAGCUCCCUCUUGUGAAAAAAAAGGUUGCUUGCACAGUUACAUGAAAUGGAAAUUGCUUUUGAUGGAUUCUGGGAGAAACAUCAGCUGAAGAUGGAGCAGUAUUUGCAGCUUUGGAAAUUCGAGCAACAUUUCCAAGAGGUAGGAUGAGGUCCCCAUCCCAUCAGCCUUGGCUAAGAAACUAUUGCUGGCAUUUUUUAAUAUUCAUUCGACCCACACAGUAGCUUUCAACUACUGUGUGCUUGAAAGGUAUAGAGGACCUUUUCCCCCUGCGAAGGGCCUUUGAUCUGCAGGAGAUGUCAUGGGGGGGCGUGGCUCCUUUGAUGUGUGGAGCUGGAGCCAGUGGUGGGCAGAAGACCACCCCCGCCACCCCCAUUCUCUGCAUGCUUAGCUUCAGAUGUCUUCCUUGCUCAAAUAUAACGCAACACUUUCAAGUGAAAACAGAGCAAAGAGGGAUGUGUAGACCACACGAGGGGAACACGUCUGUGUUCCCCUUCUGUGCUUUAAAUAAUAUUGUUCCCCUCCUGUUUUUGUUUUUCUUUUUGACAAAAUUUCCUCUUCCUUUUAGCUCAGUAAAGCCAUUGAAUUUUUAAUGGAGAAGCAAAGGGAGCUGCCAGAUACUGGAGAUAAUGUCUCUCAAGUAAAACAGAUGGUGUUGGAUCUGGAAAACUUGAACAAAAUGGCACAGGUGAGAGCGCCAUCCAGUUGGUGUCAGUGAGGAACAGCCAUCCUAACCCACCUAGAGCAGGGAUGGGGAGGUGUUCCAUGGUGCUGUACUACAGCUUCCAAGACCCCUGACUAUUGGCCAGGAUGGCUGGAGGUGGGGGGGCACUCUGACAUCUCUGCAGCAGAUGACACAAGGGACAAAAGUUGGCAGAGCAACAACUGUAAGCGUUGCCUUUGUGCAGUAGGCUGCUUUCUCUCACAUUUUUCUUCCAUCCUCACAAGCAAGGGGCAUGAUCAGAGUUCAAGGACACAUUCCAGCCAGGAAAGAACGUUCAAAGAGGCUGUGAAGUAGGGACAGUGUGUGACUGGGGAGAGAAGGUGUUGCCUGGAAAGAGCUUUGAGGGCUAGAUAGAGAGGCCUCACACAGUCUAGAUAUAUAACUUCUACCCCCUCUUUUAUUUGGAUGUUACACAGGAGUUGACAGGGAAGGCUCAGGUUGUGAUCCUUCAUGGGCACCAGUUGGCAACCAACCACCACUACGCCCUCAACUUGAUCUGCCAGCAGUGUAAUGAGCUGCGGCACCAUUCGGAUAUCUUGCUAGAGGAGAUCAAAAGGAAGCACAACCAGCUCCAAAGAACCUUGGACCUUCUCACUUCUCUGCAGCAGGUAAUGUCCAGAGGUGGACCUCCAGACACAGUGAAUGAAUGACAGAGCGUUGCUUUCAGAGUCCAACUGCAUGGCAAAGGAUGGAGCUGUGCAUCUGCUGUGAUCCUGCAGGAGGGCAGGAUGGGCUACUAGCCACAGAACCCCAGUUUUAAUUUACAAGUUUGCAAGUGUGCGAGUGAAACCUUCUCAAAAUUAAAGAAGCCAGAGGGAAGGCUAAAUAGCAUUUCUGAGGCUUCAGUGUCCCACAUAGCUCCUUCCUCCUCCCCAGAAUAGAUAACGUAGAAGAAGAUGAAAUUAUACUAUUGCAUCAUCCUGGAUUGUGGAGUUGACUUCUUGUUGGUUCAGGAUUCUAAUUUUGUAGGCCAGGAGCAGGGAACCUCCAGUCUGGAGCCUAAUGUUUGAUGUAUUACAGUAUUUUAAUAUAUUUUUGGGGAAGCCGCCCAGAGUGGCUGGGGAAGCCCAGCCAGAUGGGCGGGGUAUAAAUAAUAAAUUAUUAUUAUUAUUAUUAUUAUUAUUAUUAUUAAUAAUAAUUAGGUGUCCCUAUUUGGCCCAGCCAUUCCCAUCAAUGAUACCAGCUGUGGCACAUGCAAAGACAUGUCUGGAAUGAAAGGGUGUUUUUGUAUGUUUGUUUUUGCUGGUACUGCUGAUCCUGCACAGCUCUAUGGAAAGAUCUAUGCAUGCCACUUUGCGAGCCUUGACAGUUGGCUACUCACUGGGGUGUUCAAAGUGGGAUGCCUUUGCCUGCACAGUUGAUUUCAAACAACACAGGCCUGCUGUUAAAUGUCAAGAGACAGGGGAGAUCAGGACCACAGGCCUUGGGGCUUGCAGGGGAAGUGGUAGAAAUUGUCAAGAUCUGGCCAAGGCAAGGCAGAUCAGGACCCUGGACAGGUCUCAUAGGAAAUUGCAGGCUGAGCUGCAGAAGAUGUUGCUCUGCAGUGGACCAGAGGCGUUUAAAUGCUGCAUUUCCACAGUGAACUCUUUGCCCAAAGCAGCCUGUAAUCAAUCAUCAAAAGCUUUGGGGGGUGGGGGAGAGAAGUCAAUUUACAAAACAUAUUCAAUAAAUUCAAAUUGGACAAAAAAUAUAAACAAUUAGCAAAUUCAAUAUAAGAAAGAAAAAUUAGACUUAGAGGUUUAUUUUUAUUUUUUGGUGUUGUAUUUUGGAAUUUAAUUAACAAAUAAGUUCCAACUGCUACUGCAGUUCUUACUGGUCUCCAAGAAGCCUCAGCUCUGCAAGAAACCUCAGGGGGUCUUCUCAUGUGGCUAGCUGAGUUAUAGCUCCCUUUUCUGUCCUCCAUAGACCAACAACAGCACUUGGGAAACGCUUGGGAAUCCUGGAAGUUCUGGCUGCUUUUGCAGGUCUUAUGGCCUAGCAGUACUCAGACUUACAGACUGGACCUUCUCUUCCACUGCCCCUCCCUUUAAGAGCUCAUAGCUGAUUCUGCAAUUGCAUGUCAAAGCAUGGCUGUGGAACAGGAAAAGCUAUGGAGGAGUCACCCUCACAGAGAACGAUAAAAGAGCCACCUCUUCUGUCUAGGACAGUGUAGGAGGUCUCCUUAAUAAGGGUGACCCGUGAUUUUCCUGGUACUGGAUGCAAAGCACAUGAUGACAACAAUGCAGCAGAAUAAGAGGGUUAGGCAGUUGCUGGAGCUGGUUGGAAGAGGACAUUGGAGACAAUACUUCCACCUUGAAUCUCCUCCUGUCCUCUAAGCCUGUUCAUAACAGAUGGGAGAGGGGAAGUCCACUGCUGCCUACAGAUUGCCAGUUGGUCAUUACCCUGGGCAUGACCACCAACCUGUUCCUACUCAUGUUUUUUCACCAGGCCCUGGAGUGCUGCGAUGAAGGAGCCUACCUUCUAGCCAACCAGCAGAUGGAUAAAUGCCAGUCUCGAGAAGGUGCCCAGAAAGCUCUCCAAGACAUAGAGAAUUUCCUUGAGAGUUCUUCGCUGCAUUUAUAUGCUGACCCACAAACCCUGUACUCUGACUUUGAGCCCAUCUUAACUCCUGAACUAAAGGUAGGCCCAUGGUAGAGGAAUCGCAUUCGUGCUGGCCGUGAUAGCAAGAGCUCCGCUACACAGUGUGCUAGCCUUGAAUCCAACAAUCUGAAAAUACUGGAGCAGUUAAGCUUGUUGGCCUAGGCUGGGGUUGCCUCCCAGGCUUUACGCCAAAGUGGGUCCCUGACUCUUAUGGAGGCUUCCAGAUUAGAGCUGAUCACUAGCCUGAACUACUAGGAGAUCCAAUAUUGUGUCUCAAACUGACCUCCGCUUUACAGGAGCUGGGCUUGAUCAAACACCCGUGAUAUGUGACAAGCCAAUUCUGCAAGAUUUGCUUAUGGGGUUUUCCUUUUUGGAAUCUGCAGGCUCGGAUACAAAUGGUCCAGAUGAAGCUUGAGAAUGUGCGGAGCAUGUUCGAGAACAGGCAGGCUUGCUUCAAAAAGCUAGCGGACAAACAAGCACGCCCUGUGCAGCUGGUAGCCCCACGGCCAGAAAACCCACCCCGGUCGAAAUCUCCUUUGUUUUCCCCCAAACAUGGUAACCUGCUUUUAAAGUUACGUCAUUCAGAAAUGUUCAUUAGGUAACCGUGGGGAAGAUGGAAUGAGAAUGGGCUUGAUAAUGUCGUAGAUUUCUUUGUAUGUGUGAUCAGAGAGUGAAGCUAACUGUGGAGCGCACCAACGUCUUUUCCUUCUCUAGUCCUCAGAGCUGUUUUGCAAGUGUGUUCUUUAAGUACCCUAUAGUGUCUUCAAAAAAUAACCCAAACUGAUUGUUAUUUAUAUCUCUCGUAGCCUCCACUUAAUAUAGUAUGGAGGGAAUCCCUUUUGCAAUCUGAAUUAUUCAUCUGUAUUGCACUUUUAAUAUGUGACUGCUUUCUGCCCACUCUUUACAUAAUGGGAGACAUAAGUGUGCAGUGUGAUUGCUGGAGAGGAACUUCUGCUUGAAGAUUUUAGAUGUCUUCUAAAGGAGGACUACUGGGCCGCUGGUGGUGCUGUGGAUUAAACCACAGAGCCUAGGGCUUGCCGAUCAGAAGGUUGGCGGUUCGAAUCCCCGCGACGGGGUGAGCUCCCAUUGCUCGGUCCCUGCUCCUGCCAGCCUAGCAGCCCGAAAGCAGUUCAAAAGCUCCCUCGGCCAGUAAAGCAAGAUGAGCGCUGCAACACCAGAGUCGGCCACAACUGGACCUAAUGGUCAGGGGUCCCUCUACCUUAAAGGAGGACUACAUUCCUCUGGGUGCUCCAACUACAGUACAGGACAGCUCUCAGGCAAAGUGUUUUGGUUUGCAGGUGGCCCUCCAAGGCUGUUCACAUGUUACAUCCAACGAGUAAACAAUCCAUGUACACAAAUAGUUGAGCUGUACAUUUAUGCACUUAUUCACAUGUGACAUUCAACGAUAACACAGGUAGAAUCUAGACACAUAUAAAAACAUUGCGAAAUUGCUUUUUUUAAAUAAAAAAAAUGUUUUGAAAAAUAUAUUGAAUUUGCCCUAAGCGCAUCCUCGCCAUCUAGUGCCACAUUUGUAUAAUGCACUUAAAACACACCUAAAACAUUAUAUUUGCAGCUGUAUAGAUGAGUCCACAGUCUGUGUACCUGUGUUUUGAUACAGCUAAGCUGUGCAAAUCUGCAAGUGUAACACUCUUUCAUGUAAAUAGUUAUACAUGCAUAGACAGCUUUUACCUGUGUUCAGUGUAACAUGUGAACAAGACGUUUUGAUUUCUGUAAUCUCAGACUAUCAGCAGAAAUGAUCAUUUUAUUGAACCCCCUGAGAACUGUCAUUUGUGCUCAGCAAACCACUGGUUGUCCAGCCCAAACUGGGAUUGUGCUAUUUAUGUAUUUGGUAUAUGCUAAUUUAGGGUUUCUCCCAGUUAACAUCCUUAGGGAUCUCUCACAGAAGUGCUGCCUGUCAUUUUAAGAGGUUGUAGGCAGCCGGGCAAAUGCAGUUAAAACCCUCUACCUUAUUUGGGAUUUUCUUUCUGAUGAUGCUGUCCGAUAUCAAUGAGACCUUGUGGAAGUAGUAAUGUUGUAACCAUUUUAUUUUUGCAACAGCGCAGUUUGAAGAUGGGGCAGCUUCUCUUCAUAUCUGUUUGCAUUCUUCUGCGUCUGUUUUUCUCCCAACAUCCUUUGCCCAUUACUUCAUUAAAGGUGCUUCUUCUAUCUAACGGAUAUUCAACACUUAUCUAUGUCAAUAAAAUUAGAUACUGUUCCUUUUCUUCCUCAGUUGCAUCUUCUCCUGGAAAGGAUCUCCAUCGCCUUUCCUUUGAGGGGCCUUAUUUUAGAUUCUUUUUAACAUAGAAAAUAUAUAUGGUUAGAUUUUAUAGGAAAUAUGUGUAUUAAAGGACUUGGGCUGGGUAGAGUGAUAUGUGUAACCUUAUCAGUAUUUCCACCCUUCCGUUAUAUCCAGAAAUCCUUUCAGUGUGGCCCAGCUGCAUUAUGAGUUUAAAGCAGUUUUAUACCACUCUAAACAGACAUCAUGGCUACCCUCAAAGAAUCCUGGGAAUUGUAGUUUUUUAGGAGUGUUUCUAAAUGAUAGAUAGAUAGAUAGAUAGAUAGAUAGAUAGAUAGAUAGAUAGAUGUCCUGGGUGUUUUUAAGCUGAAGUUUGGUGUAGAAGUACUUUAAAUAAAUAAAGUUUUGCAUGAAUAAAUGCUAGCUCCACAACAAUAUGGUGGCUUGAUGGUGCAGGUUUGCGUGGGAAAUUUAAUUACCCAAGAAAUGCCAUCAAAGCUGGAUAUAGCACAUUAUCUGUUGUUUAUUAAAAUAUUAUUAGCCACUCUUCUUUUUUUGGGGUGGGGGCUUUUGGAGUGAAAAGAGGUAUAUAAAUGAAUAAUGAUAAUAUUAGAUCUCAGAGUUAUGUACAAAUAGUCAAAUAGUGGCCAGCUUAACAACAGUCAAGAGUAGUGACAUUUAAAUAGUCCAAAUGUAGCCACUUCAAUGGGUCUACUCCGAGUAGGAUAUAACCCAAUGCCCUGUGAUCUGCAGAUGAAUGGUGGUAUACAAAUUUAAUAAAAAAUAAAAAUGCAACUUGAAGAGGCAGUAAAGCAAAAUAGGAUGCUUCAGACCUUUUCCUGGUACCUUGUCAGAUUAUGAAUUUUUAACUUUUAAUCUCAGAUUUUGUUCAUUUCAAAUUCUGUGUGAUUACUUAGUAAAAAAAUUAUUUUGUUUCCUAAACGCCAUUUAUUUAUUUUCAAAUCUUUUGUUAUAAUUAAUAGUUCCCCCCAAUAACUUUUUUUCUCUUUUAAAAUGUUUCAUCCUGUUUGUUAAAACAUGUGUGCACACAGGAACACACUCACAUCUAUUUUGUUUCCAGCAUUAACUAACUGAACAUAUCUACCUUUUAAACAGGUGGUGUAAUGUAGUUUAAUGUAAUUCCUUUGCACAAAAGUAAUCUGUAACUUGUAGACUAUAAUCUGCCUUUCUUCUUUUUCUUAUGUCCAAGGUGUAGAUUUUAAUUCCAGUUUGAAAUUCUCAUUUGAUAUCUCACUGCCUGGGAAGAAGACUUCAAGGAAAUCUCAAAGUUCCCGCAAGGUAGGUGAUUAAAAAUGUUUAAGUACAAGUGUGACGUCCACAAAAUCAAUGUGGAAUGGUCCUGUUCCGUGUUCCUACCUGCCAUCCAACCAGCCAUGCCCUUUUCUAAGGGACUCCAUUCCAUUCCUCACCAACUUCAGUCUCCCUACUUGCAAUAGAUGCUGAGCAUUCUAAGGACACUGAACAUGAUCUAUCCUUGUUGUGCUUGAUUCCUCUCUGUUGUGCAUGGUUGGUGCUGUUUUGGCUACAUACCAUAGUCAAAGGAAUGACUUUGAGGGAAAUCCUGCAUACUAUUAACAAAGUGCUCCUCAAACCACAUCUUUUCAUGCAGCAUUGACACUCCUUGUCCAGAACAAGCAUAAAAAAACAAGAUGGACGGGAGACCACAUCGCUAAAAUGUGUAAAUGGGACAGAAGUUUUAUCAGUGCAGUCUUAUGCCUACUCACUUGCCCGGUUCAGACGAAAUGCCCAAACCAAGCUUUAAAUUAGUGCUACAUAAACUAACCUGGAUAAGCCGUUGGAUCAUGGCUCAUUGAUCCUUUGGUAUGGCUUGGAGAUCGGCAUUUUCCUCCGAGUGUAAACUAACCACAGUUUGUUGCUGAAUCCAGUCUGGGGUGCGGAAGUUGUUUUAAACUAUGGUUUAUUUAACAAUCUUGGUUCAGAAACCAUGGUUUGAUCUUCUCUUGUUUCAAAGAGCCGGAGUUUAAGCUAACAAUAGCUUAGAGUGGGCUGCUUUAGGCAGUGGUUUGUUUAAAUUAGGAAACAGAUACUUCUAGCCCUUGAGUCUGUGCUAGGGGAAGAGAGGGGAAGGAGAUGAGCAAGCUUACUCAAGCUCAUUCAUGUAGCACUAAACUUUGGUUUAGGUCACAGAACAUGACCAACAAAUAGAAGUCAAAGAGGGCUGGGUGGGUAGGGGCUACAUUUGUCCCAGGGCUGGAGUUCCCCAUCCCUUGCUUACUGUCUAGAAUCUGACACAGGAGAGUAACAGAAGAAGGGGAAGGAAAUAGUGGUGCACAAACCAGGCCAUAUUCUUCCAUCCUGCUACUAUUUCCUUCCCCUUCUUCUGCUGACUCUCAUGUGUCAGAUUCUAGACAGUAAGCAAGGGAUGGGGAACUCCAGACCUGGGACCAAAUGUAGCCCCUACCCACCCAGCCCUCUUUGACUCCUAUUUGUUGGUCAUGCUCUGUGACCUCCUUGUCUACUUUUGCCUAGGUGCAAUAAAUCCUUGAUCAGUAAUUAUGCUUAUUAUGUGCUUGGAAACCUCUGGCUUUUUACAUUGCUGGAAUGUUGCAUGAUGUACAAAGGUGAAAAUCACAUCUGUUGCUCUGCUCCCCCUUUUUUUUGCCUCUGGCUACACUUUUAUUUCUUUUUGCCCCCAACCGCAGUUGUGUGGCCGCCAUAAAGUUGUCCUCUGGGGAAUGAGGCCCCCAUGCUGCAAAAGGUUCCUCUAACAGCGAUGUACCCCACUAGUACAUUGCAAAAUGCAAGUUCACGUUUAGGGCAGCACAUGAAUCAUUUUAAAAUAGCAGGCUUCAAGUUGUCACUUCAAAGCUUUUUUUAUUAUUAUUUUUCCUCUUCCUAAAGCAUGUUGUUUCCCUCCAGAUUGAAGUGAUGCACGAUUAUCAGGAGAAAAGGAAUUCGCUGCAGUUCUGCAUAUCAGAAAGUGAAGACAGUUUAGACAUAUUAAAAAGGUAUUCUUCAGCCCCUUUUUAAUCCACCAACUUCUCUGCUAGUCAUGCAAACAAACCCUGAUUUGUGCUUGGGAAAGUUCUCUGUUCCCUUUACUCAAAGCAUUCAAAGAACGACCUUGGCCUGCUGUGAUGAUUAGGCCUCAUCCAAAGCAAAAUGUAUGCUCCUUCAGUGGGGUGGGGGGUGAGGAAUAACCAGGCUUUACUCUCACCCUUUCAAGCACAUCUUUGUAACAUGAGGACUAGAAUAUUUAUGUUUUUCUUCCUCCAAUAAAUUCUUGCACAUUUAGAAAGCACAUGCUACUGUUUUUUCCCAGCUCUUUGUGGAAUUUCUACAUGUACCCAACCUUGAUUCCCCCCCCCUUCUUCAUUUUAGCUAUGUGAUAAACGAGCUUAUAGAAACUGAGCGGGUUUACGUUGAAGAGUUGUUCACCAUUUUGAUGGUAAGUGUGCCUUUGUUUCUUCUUGCUUCACCCUUAGAUGUAUCUGGGAUGCUUAUUUUACUUCUGUAUCUGACUGCAAGUAAGCUAGAUGCUAACAGAUGUGCAGGAUGAGGAGGAAUUCAGUUUUGUGCACGUUUUAGCCUAAUUCACACUUCCUGAAGCAAUACACAAACCAAAAUGCAUCUGCCCUUAGAAAGUCAAACUUCUCUGUAUUUGGCAAUACAGUUCUCCAACCAAAUAAUGCGUACAAAAAUGUUGAUAUGUGAUUUUUUUUUUUAAAAAAAAUGAUUUCAUAUUUAUAUUCCAGCAACAAUGCUGAUCUCAAUGCAGCUCACAAUAACAAUAGCAUUAAUAUUUUCAAGACAAUGCUACAAUUGUGGUAAUCAUAUUAAAAACAAAAUAGCAUACAAAUAAGGCAAAAACAAAUUCAUCGAACAAUUAAUAUAAUUAUAUACAUUAGGAUUAAAUAUGCAAAAAACGUGUUAGGAGAAAGUUGUGCAUGCAAAAUUUAUGAAAACUGAAAUAUGCAUACAGUGGUACCUCGAGUUAAGUACUUAAUUCGUUCCGGAGGUCCGUUCUUAACCUGAAACUGUUCUUACCCUGAAGCACUAAUGGGGCCUCCUGCUGCUGCUGCACGGCCAGAGCAUGAUUUCUGUUCUCAUCCUGAAGCAAAGUUCUUAACCCGAGGUACUAUUUCUGUGUUAGUCUGUAACCUGAAGCGUAUGCAACCUGAAGCGUAUGUAACCCGAGGUACCACUGUAUUAGACAGUAUCACAUGCAGAAAUAAAUUUGUAUAAUGGGAGAAAUGCCCACUAGAUGCUGAUAAAUUUUCAUGAGGACUUUUUACUUUAAAAAAUAAAUAAAUGCAAACUGAUGUGCAAAUCUGGGGAACUGAACUUAAUAAUGGGAAAGAUGUGAAACUGAGCAAAACCAAAAUUGACAGAUUGAUCUAUCCCUACUCUCCAUUCCAGUUGUAACAUUUAUUAUUCUUAUUCACAUUCUCCUGUUGAACAUGCCACUCAGAGGCGUAUUUUUACUGUCAUAAUACUCUGAAAACACACAAGCCAAACAAACACACCUCUGGGGCUGGUGCACGACUGCAAAGAGAUUUUUAGCAUUAGGACCAAGAGGUGAUGAUGCUACUAAACGUGGCCUUUUGGGGUCGGACAAUCUGGAUGUGUGCCUAAUACUGCAUUUGGGGUUGUGCUGUCGGCAGGGCUACAGAGCUGAGAUGGACAACCCCACCAUGGCCUUUCUCUUGCCACCCCCCUUGCAAAACCGCAAAGAUGUUCUGUUUGGAAACAUGCCAGAGAUUUACGACUUUCACAACAAGUAAGACACCGCCAAACCUUUGCAUUGUCAGUCUCUCCCCACCUCUACCACCCCAUGCCUUUAAAAAUGAGUUCCGGAAGCAAACGUGACCCACUCUUCAUUCCUACCCUCUCCAUCCUCUUCCUCUUUCUUUUUCUUGCAGGAUUUUCCUCCACCAUCUGGAGAGCUGCGUGGAAGCCCCAGAGAAAGUUGGCUAUUGCUUCUUGGAAAGGGUCAGUAGGCAUGUUGUUGGAGCUGUGCUCAUGAUCCUUCUUGCUCCAGAUCAGGGGUGGGGAACCUUAGUUCUCCGGGCCUCCCUGUCUGGCCCUCAGAACUCUCCCCAGGCCAUGAUUCCUGUCCCUACUUAGACACCCUGAUUGUUUUUGUCUGGCCUGAAUGUGUCCUUAAACCCGGGUAAUGCCUCUUACCUGUUUUGGUGGAGGAUGGAGAGGGAUGGUCUGGUCUAAGAAGUAAGGUAAAGGUAACAGGACCCCUGACCAUUAGGUCCAGUCGUGGCCGACUCUGGGGUUGCGGCGCUCAUCUCACUUUACUGGCCGAGGGAGCCAGCGUACAGCUUCCGGGUCAUGUGGCCAGCAUGACUAAGCCGCAUCUGGCAAAUCAGAGCAGUGCACGGAAACGCCGUUUACCUUCUCGCUGGAGCGGUACCUAUUUAUCUACUUGCACGUUGAUGUGCUUUCGAACUGCUAGGUUGGCAGGAGCAGGGACCAAGCAACGGGAGCUCACCCCGUCGCGGGGAUUCGAACCACCGACCUUCUGAUCGGCAAGUCCUAGGCUCUGUGGUUUAACCCACAGCGCCACCCGUGUCCCUGUAAAACCCACAUUCUCUGCUCUGCCUGCUUUCGCCUAUGGUCCCAAACAUCAUCAGCCUGUGGCCUUCAGAAGGCUGCCCAUGGUCGAAAAACAUUCCCCAGCCUUGUAGUAUGAAAUUUCAACUUAGACCACUAGUAAAGAAAAAAGUCCCUCCCCUGUUGGUUGGUGAGUGGUAGACAAGGCGGUUGGGUGGGGAGAGAUUAGCCCCACCUUGGCCCCACUUCCUCCCACCACCAGCAUCCUGCCUCCAACUGGUUGCCCCAAAGGGAAUGUAGCUAACCUCAGGAAAAACUUCCCCAUUGUUGAGGUAGGCAAUAGUGAGCUAGACUGACCCAAUGGCCUGGCGCAGCAUAAGGCAACUUCCUAUGUUGCUGGAACCAACAGCAUUACUUUUCUGCUUCCUAUUCACUCACUAAACAGGAGCAGCAAUGCGUCUCUGUGUGGGGCAGUGCUUUUUGCAGUGUGGGGGCCACAUUCCCUUCUGGGGACCCCUUCCAAGGGCCGCAGUGGACAAGGUCAGACUCAGAGGCCAAAAAGGAUGGAUGAGUGUUCAUGGGAUGCUCUCCCCAGGGAGACUCGCCUGGUGCCUUCAUUACUCUGGUUUUAUAUUUUGCUGGAAGCCACCCAGAGUGGUUGGGGCAGCCCAGUCAGAUGGGCAGCAUAUAAAUAAUAAAUUAUUAUCAUCAUUAUUAGUAUUACUACAUAUCUUUAGGCACCAGGCAAAAACAUUCCUCUUCAGCUAGGUCAUUGGCUGAUUAAACAAUCUAUGGCUUUUUCAAUUGUGUGUGUGUGUGUGUGUGUUGUUUUUGUUGUCAUUAUGUUAUGCAUUUUGUGGUUUUAUGUUGUAAACUGCCCUGUAAUCUUCAGGAGAAGGGCGGCAUUUAAAUUUUAAUAAAUAAUAAUGAUGAUAAUAAUAUGCAGUCUUCCCCAGGCCUGAGGUGUCCCACCCCAGUCAUACUGCACUGUCCCAGUUUCAAACAAGGAUCUUGCCUAGUCCUACCUAGAGAUAUUAGGAUUUGAACCUGGGACCUUUAGCAUGCAAUGCAUGUGCUCUAUUUCUAUGAUCCAGAACAGGUUCCUGCAUUGCAGGGGGUUGGACUAGGUGACGCUCGGGAUCGCUUCCAUCUCUACCAUCUGGCCACAGUGAUCCAUGCGAUGGUCAUCUCCAGGCUUGACUACUGUAAUUCGCUCUACGCGGAGCUGCCCUUGAAGCUGUCCCAGAAACUCCAGCGGGUGCAGAAUGCUGCAGCGAGGCUCCUCACAGGGUCUCUGCCAUGGGAGCAUAUUCACCCAGUGCUUUUCCAGCUGCACUGGCUCCCGGUGGAGUACAGGGUCAGAUUUAAGGUGCUGCUUUUGACCUUUAAAGCCCUUCACGGCCUAGGACCCUCCUACCUAUGGGACCGCCUCUCCCGGUAUGCCCCACGGAGAGCCUCAAGGUCCAUAAAUAGCAACACCCUAGUGGUCCCGGGCCCUAAGGAAGUUAGAUUGGCUUCAACCAGAGCCAGGGCCUUUUCAACUCUGGCUCUGGCCUGGUGGAACUCUCUGCCUCAUGAGACCAGGGCCCUGCAGGAUCUGAUUUCUUUCCGCAGGGCCUGUAAGACAGAGUUGUUCCGCCUGGCCUUUGGCUUGGAGCCAAUUUGAUUCCCUCCCCCCUCUCUUUCUUUUUUCUUUUCCUUCUCCUCCUGCAAUGAGGCUACAUUUUAAUAUUUUAAUGUUCCAGUAUUUUAAUGUUGUAUUUUAUUUUUGUUUUUAAGUUGUAAUCAUUCAUCUUGUUUUUAUUAUUGCUUGUAAGCCGCUCUGAGCCCGGCCUUGGAUGGGGAGGGCGGGGUAUAAAUAAAAAAUUAUUAUUAUUAUUAUUACAAUUCUGUGGUCAGGUGUAUGGCUGUUCCAUUUGAAUUAGACAGCUACAGGUUCUUUGGCUGUCUGAUACAAGUUCCCUGCAAUGGAUGUACUUAGAAUUAAGGGGGUGUUACAUAUUUAUCAUUCUUUCCUUCCUCCUGCAGCGGGAAGAUUUUCAGAUGUACGAGAAAUACUGUCAGAAUAAGCCGCGAUCUGAAUACCUGUGGAGGCAGUGUGCAGAAAGCCUCUUCUUCCAGGUAUUUUCACAUUGUUAUGGUGAUAGGCGAAAAGCUCACCUGGGCCAGUCAUUAUCUGCCAAGCUAACCUACCUUGCAGGGGGGCUGUGAGGAUAAAAUGGGGAGAGGAGAACCAUGUAUGGCACUCUGAGCUCUCGGAGGAAAGGUUGGGAUUGAAAUGUAAUCAUAAUCAGUCUUUAUUAUGGUCUAGAGACCCAGCAAAUCGUUACAAAGCAAUGCACAAUUCAGACAGCCUACUUCCAGGUUAAACAAGCAUUUUGUUCAGACUUAAAGAUAGGGAUCAUUUGUUCUUGCAACCACCGAUAAAAACUUUGCCACUGAAAUGAAAUAAUAAAUACGUUUGCAGAUAUAUUUUAUUUUUAUUGCGCCAUCUGCCUGGAAAGAGGAGCAAAGAACUACGGAACUCACUCCCACAGGAGGGCAGUGAUGAUCACCAACUUGGAUGGCUUUAAAGGAGUAUUAGACAAAUUUGUGGAGGAUAAGGCUAUCUGUGGCUACUAACCACAAUGGCUGUUCUCCGCCUCCACAAUCAGAGGCAGCAAUGCUUUUGGAAACACGUUGCUGCAAACUGCAGGAGGGGAGAGUGCUGCUGCUGUGCUCGGGUCCUGCUUGCAGCUUCUCCUCAUUGGCCACUGGUAAGGAUGGGGUGCUUGCCUAGAUGGGCCAUUGGCCUGAUUUUUUUCAGGCUUGUCUUAUGAUGUGGUCCAAGGCCAGCCCACCCACGAGACAGCGCACUCUUUUGUUUGUUUGUUACAAUGUUUUUUUAAAAUUGGUUUUCACAUAUUACAUUACAAUACAGAUGUAGCAAAGGCAACACCAUUUCUUCCCCAUCCCCCCAUAUAUUUACAUUUAUAUUUCCUCAAUCCAUCAUAUUAUUCUUUUCUCCUUCCUCCCACUUCCCUCCGCCCCCACUCGAUUUCCUCCACAUUAUACAAUUUACAACAAUCUUUGCAUUCUAGAAUCUUCUCAAAUCAUCUAUAUAUUCUUCUUAUCUUUCCUUACUAAUUUUUCUUCCAUCCAGUACUUCACCUUUUAAUCUAGGCAUAUUAGCGUAUCUUUUUUUGAGCAAUAUUUUGCCAUAUAUUCAUCAAAACAUUUCCACUCCUUUUUAAUUUUUUGAUUCGACUGAUUUCUUAUUAUAGUGGUUAAUUUUGCCAAAAUUAAAUAUUCGUUUAGUUUACAAACCCAUUCCUCCUUUGUGGGUAUAGUUUGUGACUUCCACCUAGGAGACAGCGUACUCUUAGGAGGGAUUGGCUCAGCUCCAAUCUCUUCCCAUUCUGACAAACUGCUUCCUUCUCUGUUCGCGCCAGUUUGCACUUCUCAAGAGCGUUGGCUGGGUUCCGGCUCACUCUCAGCCAUUCCCUUAUCAACCGGCAUUCCAAGGGGUGGGGGAGUUGGCACUAGCCAAUGCUCAUCCUGCCUGGCAGUUGACCCUCUCUGUUCCUGGCUGCUUUCUUCAGCUGGUUGCAAACCGUCACUGGGAGCUGGCUCAUUCAUGAUAUUCAACUGCCUAAUGCCAUCCACAUCACCCAGGGGAUCGCAGCUGCAAAAGUUAGAAAACAAGAGUUGUUCUGGUGUCUGGAGAGGUCACUUCCUGGUUCGCAUAGAGAAGCCAUUUUUAACAGAGCUCAGCAAUGGAAGUGCACAGCUGUACUGAGGCAGCACCAUGUGUUGAAAUUCUGUGCCCCCUAACAAUUUUGUACCUGGGACAACCUUCCCUGUGGGCCCCUCCCAUGCUUUGCCACUAGGGAGUGGGGCAGCAUUUUGGGGUCCACCUCAGGUGCUGUAAUAUCUCAGCCCAGCGCUACUGAGGGGACUUGCUUCGACAAACCGGAAAUAUAUCUGUAUCCCAAACUGGGCAACAACUUUUUUUGCUCAUUCAUUUUGAUAGCUCUAGUUUUGCAUCAUUUCCAUAAUGCUGAUUGUGAGAGGUGCAUUUGGAGGACAUAGAAGAUUGCAGGCAGCCUAUUAAUGAGAUCCUGGCACGUGGAUUAAGAAAUCAUCUGAAAAUACAGCUAGGAACAAAUUUAUUCAUCAGCUGCUUUAUACAAGCUUCAGAUUUUGCCUCUUUAGCCUACUGUCAUCUACUGGGCCUUGUGAUAGCUCUCCAGGGGCUGAGGAAGCAGCAUUGGGCCCCUCCCAAUGACCUGUAUGUUCAGCAGUCAUCCAGAUUAGCUUCUGCAAAAAAACUUAAAGUGUUAAGUUUUGUAAACAUUAAAAAAUGCAAAUCUUAAAAGUAAUCAAAUCAUUGCCAAAAAUUAUUAUAAAUUAUAAAUUAAUUAUAUAUAUAAUUUUGUAAUAUCACUGUAUUCUGAAACCAAAGGUCAAUUAAAAAGUGCUAUAUACACUUCUUGAGCAUCCCUGGUAACUAUUAUAUUUUAAACUGGGUGUUAAAUUAUACACGUGAAUGCAAAAAUAUAUAAGGCCUGACAUUGUCUUUGAGUUUUGCAUUCCAAUACUUAGCAAACUCCAGUUCUCAAUAACUUUAGUGCCCUUCCUUUAAUUUCUCUUUCACAAUAUGAACAACAGUGCUACAUACCAUAGGUUUUUAUACCAUCUCAAAAUGUCAGUGGACUUAACUGAUUUCCAAUGGCUAGUCUGGCUGCUAUGAUCAUUGCUGUUGCAAAUUCCAAAUCUUAAUCAUUUACUCUGCUUAUUUUGGUGCUAAGAUUACAUUGCUACUAAUCAUUUAAUUUAUAAACCUCAAUGCCUCUUGUUAAAAUUUUACACAAGUCCAAAAUCAUGUACCGAAUUUAAUAAUUUUUUAUUUUAAAAGAUGACAUACGCAAUGUGCCACAUUUUGCCUUUCUGUUUCGUUGCAGGAAUGCCAAAGGAAAUUGGAGCAUAAGCUUGCGUUGGAUUCCUAUCUGCUCAAACCUGUGCAACGGUUAACAAAAUACCAGCUGCUCCUGAAGGUAUUCAUGUCAUUGUUCUUAAGAAUGGAUCUACACCACUUCCAUCUUUCAGGAAUGCACCCCCUCACAGAAUGGUAGAUCUGGGAACUGUAGCUCUGUGAGGGGAGUCUCCUAAACUCCCAAGCACUGGGAUCCACUUCCACAAGAGGUAGUAAAGGCCAACAAAUUAGAUGGCUUUAAAAUAUACUGUAUUUUUCACUCUAUAAGACGCACCCAACCAUAAGAUUCACCUAGUUUUUAGAGGAGGAAAACAAGAAAAGCCAGCAAGAGCCGCAGGCACGCUCGGCGUGGCUCUUUAAAGAUAGAGCAGCUCUUGCUGGCUUUUCCGGGAGGUGGGAGAAGGGACUGACGGGCUGCCCUCCAUCACUUCUCCCACCUCCCUGAAAAGCCAAAGCAAGCUGCACAGCUAUUGCUGAAGCCAGCAGAGCAAGAGCUGCAGAGCGGCUCUUGCUCUGCUGGCUUCCCAGCGAAGCAGGAUCAGGGAUGGAAGGGGCUCUGUAAGGGCUCCCUUCCGUUCCUCCUCCCGCUUUGCUGGGAAGCCAGCAGAACAAGAGGCACUGCACAGCUCUCGCUCUGCUGGCUUCAGUGAAAGCUGUGCAGCCUGCAUUCACUCCAUAAGAUGCACACACAUUUCCCCUUACUUUUUAGGAGGAAAAAAGUGUGUCUUUUGGAGCAAAAAAUACGGCAAUUAGGCAGAUGCAUGUAGGAUACAGCUAUUGAUGAUUACUAGUCACAGUGAACAUGUGGCCCCUCCGAUGUCAGAAGUGUGUGGCUCUGAAUACCAGUUGCUGAGUAUCACAAGUGAGGAGAGCACUGUUGUUCUCAGGGCAUCAGGUUGGCCACCAUGAGAACAGGAUGCUAGACUAGAUGGGCCACUGCUCUGAUCCAGCAAGCAGCCUCUUCUGACAUUCUUAUUGCAGUCAAUGCAAUGUUUGACAUAUGUGAAGCAGCCCGGAGUGCAGAGAAAAUCCUGACUUCAGGAUGUUUUCAGAAUCCUGACUUUGAUGUUUUUUCAGGAGCUGCUGAAAUACAGCACAAGUUGUGAAGGCGUCCAGGAGCUCCAAGAGGCACUGGUCGCCAUGUUGGAUUUGCUGAAGUCAGUCAACGACUCCAUGCAUCAGAUUUCGAUAACUGGCUACGAUGUAAGUAGACUUUUCUUUGGUUGGGAAGGCAUCCGUUGUGCUGUUAAGUGGGAAUGGGAUGCAGUGGGGCUGUCGGGGCAGGACUUUGGGGGGCAGAUGUUGAGGCCCCACUCAGCAGAAUGAGCAGAAGGGGCUCCGAAUGCAGGAAGACUGGCUUAGUACACUUCCAUCUAGAUAUGCUAUAAGUCGCCCAGAGUGACUGGGGAAACACAGCCAGAUGGGCAGGGUAAUAAUAAGAAUAAUAAGAAUAAUAAGAAUAAUAGAGGAGCAGCCAUCUCUGUGAUACUAUCUGAAUAGCACUCUCUCCCCAGUAAGGCCACUGAGUCUAGAAUCUAGGAGCAGAGGGGAGGACCUUGCUUUUAUGUGGAAGGUCUCAGGUUCAGUUGCGUGUCGAGACCCCGAAGCCACCCCCUUGUUGAGAAAUAACACACACAAGGACACAAAUAUUAAGUUAACGUUAUUGGGCAAAUUUUGGCCACAACUUUAUUGAUUACAGAAUGUGAGCAGUAUUGGCUUAGGCAUUGAAUGGACCCGACUAUAUUCCUGCCCAUCGCACAGGGAGUCCAGUAAGGGUUAACCACCGGUAGAGGGAGCCCCGUCGAUGCAUACCAACUCAAGUUCCCUCUGGUGUUCCCGUCGGGGUCGUGUCAUGGCCCCAAGCCCCGCCCCGGGCUUUGGACACCCCCGGAUUCCUUUAACGGAAUAACCUUAAGCUUGGAUGGGCAGGUGAUGGCCACCCCUCCCUUCCCCCAUCAUAAGGUCAAACAAUGCCUAACCGCAACCCUAACAAAGUUGUGACGCUUGCUACGAGGUAGGCAAAAAUCAAAUGUCCUGUGCCAAUUUGCCAAGUGGAAAAAUUCCUACCAGGCCCCUCAACGGCAACCAACCAAGGUCCAUAGCAAGGUCAAGGAACGAAAACCUGCAAAAUAGGGAGGGAGGGCAGGUGAUUGAGGAAGUGAGCCAAAGAGGAAGCCCUCCGGCUUGCGCCUCCGUUUUAAAUGGUCCCGGCCACACACCCGCAGCCAGCAGAUUGGCUGGCCGGUCGCUGAUGUGGCCAAGAUCCCCUGGGCAAUGCGGGACUACAUCCCCCGCCCCCAGAGGAGAAUGGGUGGUCACGCAGUCUACCACAACUCCUCCCCACGUGGAAGUGGAGAGGAUUUCCUGGCAAUUCCACAUUGGGCUGGGGAAGAACCCUUUGGCUGCAAUGCUGGGGUGCAACUCCCUCUUCAUGGGCAAGGAGACCAUUUUGGCCAAAACACAACCAUAAGGGGUAUAUGAUGUCAGGCACAGGGCAGAUGAGGACUUGCCUUGGCCAAAAGGGUGUUGGAAAACACCAUGGUUCAGCUGAUUGGCAGUGCCAGGAUAAAGCCCUUUUCAAAGGAAUAGGGCAAGGCAGCUCUUUGAAAGGGUCUUCGGAAGGCUUUGUUUUAUUUUGUAAAUCACUUUUGUGAUAAGAAACCCCUGUGUGCAUUAAAAACAAGCAAACAAAAUACAAUUGUUCUUACCAGGGAGACAUCGGUGAGCUGGGCAAAGUGCUGAUGCAAGGAUCUUUCAGUGUAUGGACGGGGCACCGGAAAGGUCCCACGAAAAUGAAGGACCUGGCCAGAUUCAAGCCGAUGCAAAGGCACCUCUUCCUCUAUGAGAAAGCGCUGGUCUUCUGCAAGAAGAGAGAGGACCACGGCGACAGCCACGACAAAAGCUCCUCGUACAGUUUUAAGCACUUUCUGAAGGUAAGUGGGAGCCUCAAGGAGAUUCAGCAUUCCACGUUUGGCAUUUCAUUUGUUGUCAGUUUUUAGCUUCAUCACUGCAUCACACACACACACACACACACACACACACACACACACACACACAGAGCACGACAUUGUUUUCUCUGGGGUUUUUUUAGAUUAUCCACCCCCUUCCCCCCUCCCUUUCUCUUCCCUUUUCAAAUCCAAAAAAACCAAAAAGUGGAUAAGUGGCUAGCAUGGAACAAAAUUAGAUUAAAUUAAUUGGAAAGAAUUAUAUGGUGUUAUGUUAUUGUUAAUCUUCCUGUUCCAAUAAUUAUUUUUUUUAAGUGCCAGCAGACGCUACACUGCUGAUCUGAAGUGGAACAUAUUUAGGAAAUUUUCCCAACCAGACAACAAUUUAUAAAGUCUAGGUUUAUUGCCCCACUCCCCAAAAUGGUUUUAUUUAUUUAUCUACCUUUAUUUCAGAUUCUUCUGUACCACUUUAUGUCAGGCAGUGCCCAGAGCAGUUUGCAUGAAAGUUUGCAUCAAUAAUAAUAAGCUCAUAACAAUUCCAUUCCAUUAACUGACAGUAUAAAAGCAGAUUCUGAGCCUCUUUUUACAAGACCCUCAUUCUGGUUUGAUACUCAGCAGCUUCUCACUUCUUCCUUGGGUGCCCAACCAGCCGUCUGCUCCUAUGAUAGUUCUGUCAGAAUUUGUGACAAUGGAUUUUCUUCUCACUGAUUGCAGAUUUGCAGUUUUCUGGUGAACUGACUUUUGUUGUGCUCCAGGCAUGUGUGCAUUUGUGUCAAGUCCUUCCUUUGUUCUCACAAGUCGAACAUUUCAGGGAUUUGUAAUUCCAGGAAAAAUCCUGGUGUUACUUACAUUUCCUUUGAGUGUAAAAGCUGCUUCAUGCAAGGGAAGGCUAAUUACAGUGCUGGAGCACCUGCUUUGCAUGCAUAAAGUCCCAGCUCCACUCACUGGCAUCUCCAUGUGGGGCUGGGAGAGUCUCCUGCCUGAAACGCAGAAGAGUUGUUGCCAGCCUGUGUAGACAAUAUACUGAGAUAGAUGGACCAAUGGUCUGACUCUGUAAAAGGCUUCCUAUCUUCCAAGAUUAUUCCAGCCAAACUGUUAACAAAAAUACAAAUGUUGGCUUUCAGAAAGAGGGUGGAAGACCAUAACUUAAGCUGUGUACGUGCCAUAAAUUGAACUGAAAGAUCAUUUUGCCCCUCCUAUACCUGAUCGAUCCCUGUUCUCUGCAGAUGAAAGAACCAACAUCUGCAGUCCAGCCCACCACUAGGUCUGGGGAACGGUGAACUGGCCCCCUCCAGAAAAAGUUUGCUGACCCCUGCACUAAUGCAAGCACCUUGAAUUAGGACUAGCCAACAUGGCAGGUGUUUAUGUGAGAUAAUCUGGUUGCUGAAUUCUGGACCAAUUCAAGAUUCCAUGUUGCUGUUAAGGGGCAGGCCCAUGUACAGCACAUGGCAACAGCCCAGUCUGGAAGUUACCAGAGCAUGGAGUCCAUUUCUGUGCAAGAGUAGCCACAGCUGUGAGAAAAAGGCACCCCAGCUCCCAAAACUGGUGGUACAGCUUGUUUUCUCAGCAGUGCCUGGAAACCAAUUUUGCAGAAACAAAACUUAAUUGGCAAAUGGCUUCUUGUGUCCCUGAGGCUGCCUUCCAUAGCUGAUGAUAACCAUGCCAAGAAGAGAAAACAGAGAGGAAGGAACAGAAGGUUUAGCCAGGUGGCCUCAUUGGUUUAAUGUCUCAGGCCACCUGACAGUAUUGUUCUUUGCGCAUGGAGAACACAGAGUGUUUUAUUAAGGGUGAACAAUGGGAACUGUAAACUGAACAUCUAUUUAUAAACGGCUUAUUCAUAUUUAUAAGGAGCAACUGGUUUGCCUGGAUUCUUACCCCCCUUCCCCUUGGGUCCCUAAGGGGAUGUAGAUCUAGUAAACUAGCUGCUUAAAGGGAGUUCAUAAUGCUGGCCAGAAGGUGAAUGGAGAGACCCAGUGUGGCGUAAUGGUUAGAGUAUUGGACUAGUACUUGGGAGAGCAGGGUUUGAAUCCCCACUCAGCCGUGAAGCUCACUGGGUGACCUUGGGCCAGUCACAGCCUCCUAACCUAAAUUACCUCACUGUUGUGAGGAUGAAAUGGGGAAGACCAUCUUGAGAUCCUUGGAAGAUAAAGGUGGCAUAUAAUGUAACAAAUAAAUAAAAAUAAAUAAAUAAUGUCAUUACCCCUAAUUCUAGCAGUGAUCUGGACAUGGAGUCAGAGGCUUCAGGGGCACCAGAUGAGGAGCCUGGUUAGCUUCAGGGGUCAGAGAAGAUGGUAUUACUGCUGCCCUGAGUUUGGGUCUACAUGAAAUGUUGGAGCUCCACAAGAGGGUGCAGAAUAUUUGAGAGCUCCUUCCUCCAUGGCAGGGGCUCUGUUUCUGACAAGGCUGUUAACGAUUGAUUGAUUGAUUGAUUGAUUGCACCUUUAUUUCCCACCUUUCCCUCAUGGAGCUCAAGGGUAGUGUGCUUGGCUCUCUCUUCUGCCUGAUUUUAGACUCUCACAACAACCCUGUGAGGUGGGUUAGGCUAGGAGACGGUGGCUGGCCCACCAAGGUCACCCGGUGAGGUUCAUGGCUGUGUGGGGCAUUUGAACAUGGGUCUCUCAGGUCCUAGUCUGACUCUUUAACUCUCUGUAAAAGAGAUGCACUCUCCCAUCCAAUGGAGGACCAUGUCAAAGCAUGCAGAAAUAUAAUGCAGCCCACCUAGAUUGUCUGUCCAUCACUGAAUCACUAAGAGUGCUUUUUAUUAUUAUUAUUUUUAGAUGAGCGCUGUUGGGAUCACUGAAAAUGUGAAAGGAGACCAUCGGAAGUUUGAGAUCUGGUAUAGCGGUCGGGAAGAGGUCUAUGUUGUUCAGGUUUGUUUUGCUUUUGUAAGGAUUUUCCCUUUUCCCCCCAGCCAGACCAUUGGCUCCACCAGGUUAAGCAUUUGCUCCUCAAAUUAUGUCCAGGUAAGUUACUGCAGCAUAUUCAUGCCUCUUGUUUGCAGCCAUAUGUGCCCUGCAGGAUCAGACCAUCCUAUUGGCAACUAUGUGAACAGGACACUGGACUAGAAGGGCCUUCCUUUGGCCUGAUCCCGUAGCCAAAUACUUCUGAUGUUCUUAUGAUAUACUGCCCUCAGCUUCAUUUGCACUGUCAUAAUCUCCACUGGCCAAUUUAGUGAAUUUAUCUCAGCUUUUUUAAAAAAAGAAUCUGAUCUAACUGGUCUUCCUCCAAUCUUUUGCAUGAAGCUCAUUGGUUGACCUUGGCCCAGUCACAAUCUCUCAGCCUAUCCUACCUCACAUGGUUGUUGUGAGGCUGAAAUGGGAAGGAGAAAACUAUGCAUGCUGUCUUGAGCUCCAUGGAGGAAACGGUGGUAUAUAAAUGUAAUCAAUCAAUCAAAAUAGAUGAAUAAAUUAUGGGAUUGUCAACACCUAUUCUUUUUCCCACACCUUUCUUUGGUUGUUUUUGGGAGGGGCAUGUUUCUUAACUUCUGGUAGCAGAGAAGUGAUUGUUCUCUCUUCUUCUGUCAGGCACAAACAGUUGAGCUGAAGAUGGCAUGGCUAAAUGAAAUAAGAAAGGUUUUGUUUAAGCAGCAGGAACUCAUCAAAGGUACCUUGGAGGAUUGGCUGGAGGGUGGACCUUAUGGAUUUCCCUGUUGUGAAUAGCAGGGGUGGUGUGUCCUGUUUUGCCGCUUGAGGAGAAAUGGAAAAACAACUCCUCCUGCUGCUGCCCCAAUGGUACCAGUACAACUCUCUCUCCUGCAUUGUGUGGCAUCGACUUCCAGUGAGAUCUUGCAAGAUCUCACCAAAGUUUUGUGAGAACUCAUGUACUUCCAUUCUGGCAUUUAUUCCAGGAUUCAGAUACCUGGUAUGUUCUGCCCCAGUUUAAUUCUGGUCAGAAAUUCAAAUUCUGGCAUGCAGCUUCUGAAUGCCUGCACCUGAAAAGCAAAAUAUUAAAUAGGGUUUGUUUUAACUUGUAAAAUGGUGCAUAGAUGGAAUUAUGCUGUAGAACAAUUUUGAAAAUUAAAAGAAAGGGCAAUAGAAUGAACUGCUCUUUCAAAACAUUUGCAGUUUAGCUUUCCCCUCUGGAAAAAUAUCCAAACACUCACUGGGGAUCCACUUUGCAAAUCUGAGGUAAAGUCUGAUUGAGAUAGAAUUUGUUUUCUAUCCAUAGAAUAUUUUUUCCAUCCGUAAUCUGCAUGCUUUAUCUUUCUCCAGCCUUCAGACCACAAAAUAGGUGGCACUGGAGAAAUUUAAAUUUAAAUUUAAACCCACAUUUACCAAGAAUGAGGUCAGCAUGCAGGGCUAGUUAAAAGGGGAGGUCCAUAAACCAUUUGCCUGCUGCAUCAAGCCAAGGACUUACCUGCUUCAGGAUUUUGAGUCCAGACCUAGGCACCUGAUGGUCUCCAUCACCUAAUUUUAUGAACAUUCGCCUGAUACAUGACAAAAAGCUAAUCCAUAUUUGCAUUCUAUUCACAGUUGAGAAGCAACAACCUCCUUCAUGUACAGACCAGAUCCAACUCUCCCCUCCUCUGAGUGAUGGGUAAGUCAGCAGGGCCUGAGACAAAAUAGCUAAUUUCUGCAUAUUAGGAUGCUGGGCUCCACCCGGUUCAAUCCUUUCUCUCCUUAAUUUUUUAUGUAUUUAUUAUUUAAAUCUGUUUGAAGCUUUUCUGUAUAAAUAUGCUCCAAGUGGCUCCUAAAAUGUGAAUCAGUGGAUCGUUACAUUAACAAUCAGACACUACACAAUUUCAAAACAUAACACAGAAUUCCAACAUAUAGUAAUUCAGUUUCAACUGAAUAAUUCAGUAUGGACAUUGUAACAUUUUAAAGUCAUCAUAAAACAAACUAUCAAUCAUUGAACCGUAUCAAUUAAUGACAAAUACAAUAAACAUUCUAGUGCAAUUGCAUGCCAGCAAUAAUAUAACCAGCAGCCACUGCAUGGUACAAAAACUAACCAAGUGUAUAUAAAUUAUUGAUUGGAUUUAUAGACUGCAUUUCUGCCAAGGCAGAUAUAUGAUAGCUUGCAAUUUCAAAAUAUUGAAACAAACACGUAAGUUCACAAAGGCUAAAAAAUUUAAAGUGUGCAUAGUUCUUAACAGCUUAAUCGUAUAUCAUGGAAUACAUAGCCGUUAAUAAAUCUAUACUAUAAAGCACAUGAAUAGGGGCUAAAAACUGAAGUGCACCUAUUUCAUAGCAGCUUGAUCAUGUAAAGUGCUCAAAAGACAACUCUCACCCACUGCUUUUGAUUGUAUCUGGCAAAGUUGGUGGAGAGCUUGGAGGAAUUGCAUCAGGACCCAGAAUGGGAGGGGGGAUCAGCACCUACACCCCCACCGCAUAUGCUUAGGAAUGGACACCGCAUUGGUAUUGCUGGGAUUACCUGCUCAUAGUUUGGUUGGUCUUGUUGCUUCAGUUUCUCUAAACAGACUCUGUGUUUUCAGAAAACAACCAAGAGCCUCCGUAAGCUCAGAGGAAAAUGAUUCUGAGCGUACCAGCCCCGUGGCCUUGGAGAGCGUGGCUUCCUCACCGCAGAACAAGCCAAGCAGGCGUAUGUGCAGCUUGAUAGCAUCUUCUUCAUUCUUUGGCCCAAGUGUGCAAUUUUAUCUGUGUUGCCUGUGUAAAUCUCAUCUCUUCUUCCCCAAAUGUAUCUAGGGACAUCUGUCCAUUCUCCAGCUAGGUUGGUGUGUUUUCCCUGGUCACACGUCUACAUAUGGUGGGGGGGGGGCAAGCGAGUGCCUGCCCCUGAUGAAUGCCCCAUUUCUGGUUGCACCCACCAUCCAUAGGAGGCAUGCAGAAAAAGCCCAACCUUCAAGUGUUGAUGAGCUCUAACUUCCAUCAUCUCCAGCCAGCAUGGCCCAGUGGUUUGGGAUGAUAGGAGCUGGAGAUUCUCCCUCCCGGAUUUUGUAGUAAUGUUCUGCAAGUGACCUUGUAAGCAGUGAUGAUUGUGUAUCUCUCUCCCCAUGCAGCUUGGCCAGGAAUGUCCCAUUCUUUGGAAAUCUGCGAAGGACUUGAUGAUUGGUCCAGCCAUAACUACUUCUUGACGUGUUCUGACACGGAAGAAGAAGAUGGGAACCAGUUGGUUAGUUGAACCGUUUGAACUGUUUAUUGAUUUAUUUCCACAUAGGAAUCACUUCCUAUAAAACAUCUUGGUGUGAUUUAACAAUAAAAAUAUCAACAUCCAUGAAUCACAACUGGUCUUGCUCCUGUUAUAUUUUCCCUUUUUUGUGAUGGCUCUGUACCUGCAACCUAUUGUUGUUAUUACUGUUGAUAUUUUUAUUGUUGUUUCUCCCCUUUAUAUCAAAUCCGUUUGUAAUUGAUUUUUUAAAAAACAACAACUAACACACACACACACACACACACCAGUUAUAACAAUUUAUCUAAGAAUGACUUGAAUAGCAGAUUUAGUACAGUGGUGCCUCGCAAGACGAAAUUAAUUCGUUCUGCGAGUUUUUUCAUCUUGCGAAUUUUUCGUCUUGCGAAGCACGGGUUCCCAAAGUCUUCAAAAUCGCCAAAGUCUUCAAAAACCUCAAAAAAGGCUACCACACCGCGUGCUAUGAGUUGCUCCUCGAAGUCAAGUCGCAACUGCACCUCUUCAAGCAAUGCACCCUGGGUAUUAACGGUUUUAAGAAAAAGGAAACAAACUUGCAAGACGUUUUCGUUUUUCGUCUUGCGAAGCAAGCCCAUAGGGAAAUUCGUUUUGUGAAGCAACUCAAAAAACGAAAAACUCUUUCGUCUUGCGAGUUUUUCGUCUUGCGAGGCAUUCGUCUUGCGAGGUACCACUGUACCUGACACAGACACACAACUUUGCAGAAUACACAUACCAGAUUCAUUUCAGGUGAAUGGUAUGUUACUGGGAACUGUGCAUUUCUGAAGCUACUCUGUAGAGCAUGAGACAUUGGGCCCAGUACUGCUGCUACUCCCUGUUAUUGAAUAAUAACAACAAACCCCUCUUUCCAAGGGAAAUUGUACCUUUGUGCAGGAAAUAAGGGUCUCCUAAGAGCUCUCAGCACCCUUAAUGAACUACAGUUCCCAGGAUUCCUUGCAGGAAGUUAUGAUAUCAUAGUGCUUUAAACACAUAGUGCAGAUGUGGCCUUGCUCUAAAUAGAUUUGCGGUGUGUGAGAGUCUUUAUUUAUUUAUUUUUUUGUAAGGGGAGGUUUGGCAUCCUGGGAGGCUGGCACUGCUCUCUGGAAAUAAACCAUAUCUUUGUUCCUGAUGUCUCAGUCCCCAGGAAAAUAUAAAGCUCUGGCAGACUGCAAGAUGAGCGAUUCAGAAGACUUGCUAGUGAAAAAUGGGGAUGUGAUUCAACUAUUGCAUGAAGAUGGAGAAGGACAAUGGUGAGCACCCCAGAUCUUCUUUUUCAGCAAGGAGUAGCAGCAACAAUUAAGGCAGGUGUUGACAUUGAUGGCAUUCUGGUACCUGCUAAAACUCAUUUAUUCUCUCAGGCCUUUCUGGACGUUGAUACCAGUUGCCCAUGAUAACGUAAUUGGUUGUAUCUAACGCAGCACUAAGUUAAAUUCACUCAGCUGUAAGCUUGUUCCGCUGGCAAAAUGUUUUGUCCCAGUGGAAUGUUGUUGCUCAAGAGAACACAUAAGCACAUUUCCGAUAACUUUGUUGCAAAAUAGAUCACACAAUCUGUGGUGCAAUGAGUUUCUGCUAGUGCAGCUGUCACACUGGAUUCCUCUGCGAUACCAGCACUGAAACUCACUCCCCAAUAGCAGACAGAGAAUGCCAGACACAGCCCAGUGUGUUUGUUUUGGCUUUAUGUUGGCUGCUGUUUUAUUUAUUCUGGAGUUUCGUUUCGGUGUGAUUUCAUUGAACUUUGGUACACUGCUUUGUGAUUCUUACAUGAAAGGCAGUAUAGAAAUAGCUUCAACACACAAACAAUGAGAAGUGAAGAGGGAGCUGCAAUCUCUUGAAUCUGGUAAUAUGUAGGUACUUCUUUCAGAGGUGUAGCCAUGUCAGCCUGUGUUGCUGCAAAACCAACAAGGAGUCUCGUCGCCCUUUAAAGACUGACAAACAGGAAAAGCUGGUCCACUGUGGCAAAUGGGGCACUUCCCCACCAACCUCGGCCUGCCCUCAGCCAGCCUCCCCCUUCAUUCUUUGCUCCUUACAACCAGCUCAGGGAUGGCAUUGCUAUUCAGCUUCUCCCUGUUGAGUCUCAGUGUUGCCCCUUUAGAAUUCAGCAGAGAAAGUGAUGGGGACAAAACCAGAAUUAGUUGGCUCAGACAGUCCUUGGCUCUGGCACCACCUGCUGUUGGACUCCAGCCUUACACCAUACCAAUCCCAAUGGGCGCCAGCCACAACUAACAAAUGUUAUUUUUAAAAGAAACUACCGUAUUUUUCGCUCUAUAAGAUGCACCUAGUUUUUGGAGGAGGAAAACAAGAAAAAAAAUAUUCUGACUCUCAGAGGCCAGAACAGCGAGAGGGAUCGCUGCGCAGUGAAAGCAGCAAUCCCUCUUGCUGUUCUGGCUUCUGGGAUAGCUGCGCAGCCUUCAUUCGCUCCAUAAGAUGCACACACAUUUCCCCUUACUUUUUAGGAGGGAAAAAGUGAGUCUUAUAGAGCAAAAAAUACUGUAAUUGUUUUUGAGACUAACAAAUUUUAUUAGCUUUAUUAGACUACAGGCCGCUUCAUGGUGUGCUCCUCAUUUGCCAAAUACAUACUUUUAUUGAUUAUUUGGUUGUUUAAUUCCUAUAUUUAAAAUAUAUUCCUGUACACAAUUUCUUGUGUACAGGAAAUUGAAGCAGCAACAGAAAACCUGGACAAAAUAUUACAAACAUCCACACAGGGCAGAGGGUCCUUCCUCAGGCUGCCCACAGCUGUGUCCCAUUCACCUCUCCACACCCAGUUCCAAGUGCAAGAGGUUGGUUGAAUCUACUCACAACACACACACACAUAUCAUACAUUCGUAGAUAGUAGGUAGAUAGAUAGAUGAGAGACUGGAGUUAAACAGGAAUAGAAUUCAAAAGCACAGCCUGUGAGAAUUCAACCAACUCAGUGCUGUGCUAAGCAACCUUCAGCAAUUAAACUUAGCAUUGGUGAUGAAAAUGGCAAUAUAAUUUGAGCUUAAGUGGCUUUGAAUAGAGAGAACAGCUUCCUGUUUCACUACCAUCGUUAAACUACUCAGCAGUGCUGAAAGAUUAUUGCUCUUUCACCAGUUAUUGUCUACACUCUGCACACUUAUAAUAAUAAUUUUCCCCAGCCACUCUGGGCGGCUUCCAGCAUGUAUUAAAAAUAGUAAUAAAAUGUCAAACAUUAAAAACUUCCCAAUACAGUCAUACCUCGGGUUACAGACGCUUUGGGUUGCGUGAUUUUGGGUUGCACACUGCACUGAACCCGGAAGUACAGGAACUGGCUACUUCCAGGUUUCGGCGCAGAAGCGCUAAAUCACACUUUGCACAUGCACAGAAGCCCCGAACCACAACCCGCGCAUGCGCACGCGCGGCGCUGCGGGUUGCAAACGUGCUUCCCGCACUGAUCAUGUUCGCAAUCCGAGCGUCCACUGUACAGGGCUGCUUUCAGAUGUCUUCUAAAAGUUAUCUCCUUGACACCUGAUGGCUCUAACUGGAUUGCCACAGACUGUAACAUGCUGUUGACAUUUAACUCUGUGCUUUACAUACUCCACCCACCUCCUUGGCAACUGAUAUCCCACUCCAUAGGAAACUGAGUUGGACCUGGAGCUCACUGUUGUCUCCCCCAAAUUUCCAGCGCUACCUGGAGAUAUCAAGGAGUGAACCUGGGAUCUUUUGCAUGCCUCCAAGUGCUCUACGAUUGAGCUAUGGCCUUUGCCUUAUGGAUCUGGGCUCUAGUCUUAUGAACAUAAGAAGAGCAAGGCCAAAGGCUCAUCUAAGCCAGAUUCCUGACCUCACAGUGGCCAACCAGGUGCCCGAAUAAGUAGUCAGCAAAGAGGACAUGAGUAUCUUGGUCUUCUCCCCACUUGUGCACUGUGGUAGCUGGUAUUCGGAGGCACGCUUCCUCUAACACUGGUGGUAGCACAACACCAUCAUGGCUCAUAGCCAUUGACUGCCUUGUCUUUCAUGAGCCUAAGAAUGUAAAUCCACGAAAGCUCAUGCCAUAAUAAUGAGUUAGCCUUUAAGGUGCCAUAAAACUGUGCUUUAGUUUGGUCGUCCUGCGUGCUGUGUAUAGAUAUGCAAACAUUUGUUUUCUUGUACACCUUUCUAAUGCAUAUUUUUUCUUUUCUUUUAUCAUCUUAAAAGGCUGGUCAAAAACCUCAACCGAAGAACAGAAGGUUGGGUGCCCAUCAACAGUUUGCAAAUCAUUCUCGGGGACUGUCGUGUUCGCCAUGCCAGAGAUGCAGGUAUCCUGUGAUGAUGAGCAUAUAUUUCUAUAUAUAUGUAUCUCACUCUGAACUGUUUUGGAACUGGAAUCUGCAGGAGUUUGGAGGCACUGGCUGCUUUGCAUUGGCUGCUUGCUUAGAGGAGAUCCUGGCUUUCGCCACAGUUCUUUUGAAUUAUGCUGAGCAGGGGAGAAAAAUCAAUUAUCUGAAUUGCUUCGAAAAGUUAUCAGUAAUAUGAUACAAUCUUUCCCCUCUCCUUUUCAUUUGCUUACUUUGAUUUUACUUCUUGCAAAUAUGGAACUGCCUAAUAAUAAUAAUAAAUAAUAAUAAUAGUGGUAAUAAGUGCUAAAGGCAGGAGACUUAACAUCUAAUCCAAGCGAACAUGUAAUCACUUAAUAAACUAACCACCAGGGCACACUUGUUCCCUGGUUCAUGAGAGGGCUGUUCAAGCCCUCUAGUGUGCAGAACCUGCACACACACAUUUUCCUCUGCAAAUAAUAAGGACUAGGAACAUGCUGGCUCAUUCAAAAUGACAGCUAAUACAUUCAGCUAAGAUUCUGUGUGAAAAACCCGAUUCUAUGUAGAAAGGCUGGACUUUUUAUCCAUGCUCCAGUAUUGGCUACACAUUCCUCUGCACUCGGUUAAUUGCAGGUUAUUUUCUUCUUUCUGAGUAGAAAAAAUAUAUUUGAUCCAGUGCUAAUAUUAAUAUCAAGUGACAGAGGAUGGGUGGAGGCAGAGACCUGUGGGUCUUGGAAUGGGAGUGACAUUCAACAGAGAGGCAUAUCUGAAAUCCUUCACCUCUUGUCCGGAACCUUUGUUUCUAAUGGGAUACCUUUUGUUUACUCCCCAGUUCUUUUCCUCUUACAAUUCAGGGGCUUUUGUUGUCACUGGGCACACUGUCUCUUUUGAAACAAGGGUUCAUUUGUCAAUUUAUUGUUUUUUACACUGGGAGAGGAUAAAGUGCAGAUAAAAGCCAGGAGAUAAUGGUUGCAUUAGGACGUAAACCUAAACAAUUGUUUAGCAUUAGGAGAGCAAGGACUUCCCCUCACUUCCAGCAUGACCCUGAGGAAGAGGAGACCCAAAGUCUUCACUUCCAUUUUAAAUUAACCACUGUUUAGUGGUUCACACAAAUCCUAAACUGUGUUUAUCUUAAUUAUAGUUAGUCAAAGCGAGCCAGCUUCAUAAACCAUGGUUUGAUGUUGACUAGUUUCAACUAACCCAUAAUUAGGAUUAAUCACUGUUUGUCUACAUGUAGAUGACAUGGUCAAAUCUUUUUUUAAAAUCUAAAAUGGAAGAAAAAGUUUCCAAACUUCACCUUGUUACUAUCCUGGGGUUGAGGGCAGACAGAGGAGAGAGAUUUGCAAGGUUCACUGCAGUUCAUUCUUGUAAUGCUAAACUAUGGUAUAGCCUUGAAUCCAAACCAAUCCACCUAAGACUUCUUUAUCUGAGAUUUUCCUACGUUCAAGUUAAAUUCCUGGGAUCUCCUCUUUAAAGGAUUAGGUAAUAUGUAAUAUGAAAGACUUCUGCCUGAGACCAUAGGGAGCCUGUCAGAGCAGGCAAUGCUGGUUAUAUAGAUAUAUGGGCAGUGUCUACACAUCAAAGUAAGCCAUAACCCACAGUUUACCAAUCACAAGCAAAUCUUACCAGCGCCACUCUUCCCCACUAGCAUGUGGGGGAAACCAGACACUAUUGCUGGCUUGCCAUUACACCUGAACCAAAGAACCAUGAUUCCAUUUGCUCAUGCAAAGUAGGAUUGGUGAGCUAAGAGCAAACCUUGGUUUAUCUAAACCAGUGCUUUUCAAACUUAGGUCUCCAGCUGUCGUUGGACUCCCAUCAUCCCUGACUACUGGUCCUGCUAGCUAGGGAUGAAAGGAGUUGUAGUUCACCAACAGCUGGAGACCCAAGUUUGAGGAAGGACUGAUCUAAAUGCUUUGUUUGGAGUGAAACAAGCCAUAACAAUUUGCUUGGAUACAACUCUAAGCAGGGAAGAAUAAAUUGGGCUCAGUUGGCUCAUAGUAGACACAGUAAGCUAGCCUGGUGUGUCAUGGUAAGAGUAUCACACUGGGACCUUGGAGGCCAGGGUUCAAAUCCCCACUCAGCCAUGAAGCUCACUGGGUGGCCUCCUAGCCUACCUUACAGGGUGGUUGUAAGCAUAAAAUGGGGAGAGGGAGAAGCACACACAGCACCUUAAGCUCCUUGAGGAAAAGGUGGGAAUAUAAUAAAAAGCAAAUGGCUUGUUCUGCUGGCCAAAAUGUGGCUGGUUCCUUACCUGCUGUAAAGCAGUCUCUCAUGUCCACGUGCUUUAUAUUCCAUCCUUUAUAUCAUAUUCAGCCAAGAAGUAGCACUUUUAAUAAGAGAUCUCCCCCACCCCCCCGUUAACUUGUCUAUUCUGCUUUCAAAUGAAUUUUUGCAUGCUGUGUUAAUUCCAUGCUUCCAUGUCUUUGUGCCCUGGCAUCUCAAAGUCCUAGUUCUCACUUAAACGGUCAUGGUUCGAAAUGAAUCCCACCUUAUUAUCUUUUAUGCCAAAGAAUGCACAAAUGCUGCAGAUUGCCUAGUCUUGCCUAGAAUCGCCAAAAGAGAAAAAGUUGAGCUAACACCUGAUGGGCUGCAAUUCGUAAACCAGGGCCUGUAACCUUGACAAAUACAUUGUAAGAUAUGUCCAGAAUUCAAGGCACCUCAGAAAGAAAGUAUGACCAGCUUGAUGGCAUCUCAGUGGGAAUAUUGGGUCUGUUCCCUCUGGGAACUGACAGCUGUUAAUAGGCCAGUUUGGUGCCAGUUUAUUAAAUCUCUGAUAAGAGUUUUGUUUUUUGGGAGGAUCUUGGCCAAUAGCUUUGUGUUAACAAAGUGAACUUGCCUUUUAGCUGGUGUUUGGUGGUUUGGAAUUCGGUUAGGGGAGGGGUUGCACCCAACACCAGUUCUACUCAGUGUAGACCCAUUGAAAUGAAUGGACAUGAUGAACAUAGGUCCAUUAAUUGUGCUGGGUCUGCCCUGAGCAGCUGGAGAUGACUAUGGGUUUAUUUCCACUUUUCACAAGUGUGCUGGAUAACAUUUUGCAAUUAUCGAGGGGCUGGGUGGGGGAUUGUUCGGAGAAAGGAAUUGUAGCAGAACCUCAACCAGUCAAAUUGCAAAGCUAUUUAAAUGCACUGGAUUGCACUCUUUAUGCACUUUAAGUUGCGUGUCUAUGCAGCCUUAAUGAUUUGUGACUUGUCCGUGGAAUGCAAAGUUGUUGAACUGAGUUUUCUCUUAUUUGUUCGUUCUUGCUGGAUUUCGGAACAGAAGGCAGCCUACCUCUGGCCAGCUUGUUCCUUUCCAUAAGUGUCCUACGCUGCCUUGUGCUUUCGGGAAUGGAGGAGUUAUAAGCUGCAUGGUCGUGAGAACCUAUGUAUUCUUGGAAUACACUCCUCCUAAUGCUAAUGUUGCUCUUUGUUGCUUUAUAGACGCUGCCGUGUAUAAGACGAGAAAGCUAAGCUCCCCCUGAAUUUAAAGGGAGAACUCAUAUCAUGUCAUGUUUGAAUGCUGCAGUGGCGAUUUGAAGUGGUUGUUCAAGAGGGAGGACUUACCCAUGGCUGGAGAUCCACCUCUCUAUCUGUCAUCCAUCAACAUCUGCAGCACAUCACAGCUCCAUCAACAUUCCCCACGGCCAUCAGUAGAAGUCAUUUUUGUUUUUUUGCAUAUUUAAUUCCCACCUCCUUCCACCAAUGGAAAAUAGGGUACCAUUUUGUUUUCACAUGAAGUGGACUUUCCCCGUCCUCUCCAUGGCAUCCAUUGAACUACAUUUAAUAACUAAUUGGGUGGUUUCUUUUGCCUUUAUUAAGAUGCCUGAUGCUUCCUCUUGAAGAUGUGUUUCCCAACCACAUGUCACUGCGGUUGGCUGCACUUUCCUAUGUUCAGUUGGGUCUAGACCACAUAGUCACAAUAAGCUGUUUCCAAUAGGCUGGAUGAUGCAAUACUGUUGCGAAGGAGUGGAGUCUCCUUUUGCACUAAGGUUCUGAUCCAGAGCCCAGGGUAUCUGUAGGAUGUGGUUCAAGAUCAUAUUUGACAACUCAAGAUUGUCAGAACUCCCAUUGGGUUCCCUGGAGUUCCUGGGUGAUCUAGUAAGUGUCCAAGUUUACAUUGUGAUUUUUGGGGGGAACACACGUGCCAUAACUGAGUUCAGUGUCCCUGUUUGCACUAAAAAAGCAAUGUUCUUCUUUGUGCUAAGACUGUACUCUUCAGCAUUGUUAUUGAGAAUGACGUGAUGCUGGAAUGGAGGAGAGAUAGAGUAUGUCCCCUCUUUUUCAUUCUUUUUAAAAUGAAGUUUACAUAAUUUAUUUCCUGUUGUGCUUCUUCAUUCUAUCUCUGCCCUUAGCAUUCAUGUGUCCAUACAGGUAGUUCUACGUAAUGUGUGUAAUUCAAAUUUCAUAUGGGAACAAUAAACACAGGGUAGGUGUUGUGACCUCACUACUCACAACGGCUCAAGACAGGUGUUUGGUUGCCUGCCUGCAAACAAGAACUGAUACAGUCUCGGUAAGCUGCAGUUAAUAUUAUUAUUAUUUCUUAUGCACCACAAUGUGAAGGGGAGAAACACAUUUUUUAAAAAAUCAGACUUGGCUUUCUGAACCACAGAUUCCAAGCUUGUACUGCCACAGUGCAUUAGCACACAUUUCAUCAGCCUAAUCAUGCAGUGUUUCUCAAACUUGGGUCCCCAGUCAUUGUUGGAUUACAACUCCCACCAUCCCUGAUUACUGGUUGUGCUAGCUAGGAAUGAUGGGUGUUGUAGUCCAACAACAGCUGGGGACAUAAGUUCGAAAAACACUGGUAAUGUGUGUAUUGGAGGCGGGGAUAGUUUCUCUCCUCCAACCAUCCAUUUCAUAGUCACCUCUAAUGCUAAUACUUACUGUGUGAUAUAUUAGGUGGCUGAGUCUCCUUCACUGGAGUUUUUUAAACAGAGGUUAGAUGGCCAUCUUUCAGGGAUUCUUUAGCUGCAAUUCCUGCAUUGCAGGCAGUUGGACUAGAUCAGUAUUUUUCAAACUUGUGUCCCCAGCUGUUUUUAGACUACAACUCCCAUCAUCCGUGGCUAGCAGGACCAGUGGUCAGGGACGAUUGGGGGCGAGGGGAGAAACAGCUAGAGACCCAAGUUUGGGAAACACUGGACUAGGUGGUGGUUUGGGUUCCUUCUGACUCUGCAAUUCUAUUGUUCUGUUCAGUGCCAUUUGUUGGCUUGUUCACCACUCUGCAAGAAAACAACACUGUAGAAUCAAUGGCAGGAUUCUAGAAUAUGUGGGCCCCUUGUGAGAAUUCCAAAUGGACCAUUUUAACAGAUAUUCUAUAAAGCACCAUCCAAAGUUACAUUAGUUACUAGUUAGAUAUAAAAUGGGUUCCUUUUUUCUUUACUCUUUACUGUAGAUUACUGCCAUAUGGAAGCCAGUCAUGCUGUGGAGAUCACUUUUCAAAAAAAAAACCCCCCAAACCUCCACACCUAAAUACUUUGUCUUGGCAACCACAACACACCUUGGCCUUUUAAUUGUGUCUUUCUAGUUCUGAAUUGUGCACUAUUUUAUUUAUGAAGCUGGCUAGUUCUGCAAGCCUGAAUGUACAGUCUUAAGCUACAACCUGCACCCACUGACCUGGGAAUAAGAUCCACUGGGCUUAUUUCUGAGUAGACACAUUUAGGAUUGUACUCUUAGGACUUUGGAAAAAUUUGCACAAAUCUUUGACGACACCUUAAGAGUAGCCAGGUUUACCACUUGAGCUGUAAAAUGUAUAUCAAAACUAAACCAGAAGGGUUUCUGCCCUGCCUAGAAAUUAUACUGUAAAUGUACUUGUAAAAAUGUGUUAAAUCUAUAUUUAAAAAGAAUUAUAAACAUUGUUAAAUAAAAUAUAUAUAUAUGAGACAUUUUC